AUGACCUCUUGUGAGGCUUGUUACUUGUAUGGUAAGUCAUUUGAUGCGUCGACUACAAUAGUUCUUAUCCCUGCUCUAUCUGGCAUUUGCUUCUGUAAGCCUUAUAUGAGUCAUUGAAUGAAGACUAAUUUAGGGUAGAACUGUAAAUUUCCUCAACAAACCAAGUUUGUUGUUCUAGUCAGGUUGUCCCAGUCAAGGACUUUUAAAUAUGGGGGUGGACAGCUGAACUAUAGCUGUGGGAAGCUGAGCAUCACACUUGUGAUUAGCCUAAUUUAUGCUGUAGUGAUCAGAUUAAAAUUAAAUGGUUUCUAGGUAAUUGCAAAAAAAUGAGAAAAUUAUUAACAUCUGUGAGUACUCAAUAGGUUUACUUUCUUAACAUGCCCAGUACACAUUGUCACCUUUCCUGACGUGUAUCUCCCCCCCUUUAUUAUACCCAGCUUUAAAGCCUCACUGUUACAAAACCAAGCAUUUAUAUAUAUACACAUGCACACACACGGGGGUGUGUGUGUGUGUGUGUGUGUGUGUAUAUAUAUAUAUAUAUAUAUAUAUAUAUGUAUACACACACACACAUAUUGGCUCUUAUCUGGCUAAAAUUGUUUCUGACCAUUUCAUGUCCCCACCAAUGGAACAUGCCACUUGGCUGACUUAGACUUUGGGCUCACCCAGACUUCCUUUUGUGCUCCAUUUCUAGGCACAGGUUCAGGCUUUAAAGCUGCAUGUUCAAGCAGGGUUUUUUUUUUUGUCCUGGAACUUUCCCCAGGAACACCCACAUUUUACCGCUGAAUUGGAGCAAAAUGCAAUCAGGUGUUCCAUGGAUUGACAUUUGCUCAGAUUUUGUGGGUUUUCCCAGGAAAAGCACUGGAACAAGAAAAUCUGCUUGGACAUGGUGCUUUAAAACAUAGACCUGUGCCUGGAAAGCAUGUCGCAAAAGGAAGUAUGCAUGAGCUCUUUAUUCUAGGAGUGGGGUAGGAGAGCUGAAAAUAAUGCCAAUAUAUUUCACAUCUGGCAACCAGUGCACAACCAUUUACCAUAAGUAAUGUAUUUAGUGUUAACUCUGGAAGUGUAUACUUGAUUCUGACCAAACUAAGCCCUCUAGAGCAAAAUACACACCAGGAGUUAACAUUACUUCUGGUAAAUGAGCCACCAUAGCUGCUAGAGGGCCAUGAAAAUUUGUGUCCCGGACUUUUUAGACUCUACCAAUUUACUAUCUGAAACCAAAGGAAUGCAUGUACCUCUUUUUACAUUUUAAUGUAUCUCUUUGUGGUAGUGGCGGUAUGGUUGUUAGUCUUGUAAGCCACUUUGACUUGUCCUGGGCAAGAUAAAGUGACUGUCAAACGGAAUAAGAAUAAGAAUCUGCUAUCAGUUUGGCUUUUAUUUCCAGUAUCCUGUUGAUGACAUACAGUGGUACCUCGCAAGACGAAUGCCUCGCAAGACAAAAAACUCGCUAGACGAAAGGGUUUUUUUGUUUUUUGAGCUGCUUCGCAAGACGAUUUUCCCUAUGGGCUUGCUUUGCAAGACGGAAACGUCUUGCAGGUUUGUUUCCUUUUUCUUAACACCGUUAAUACAGUUGCGACUUGACUUCGAGGAGCAACUCAUAGAACGCGGUGUGGUAGCCUUUUUGAGGUUUUUAAAGACUUUGGUGAUUUUUGAAGCUUUUCCAAAACUUUCCCGACACCGUGCUUUGCAAGACGAAAAAAAUCACAAGACGACAAAACUCGCGGAACGAAUUAAUUUCGUCUUGCGAGGCACCACUGUAGUUACUUUGAAAAUGUGUAGAAGAUUAGAACCCAUUUCAGCCUUCUCAAUCCACAGCCAUCUCAAUCCCUUUCAAAAAUGUGUUGAACCAUUCAUAACUUGCUCCCCCAGGCGACAUGCUGCAUUCAUCUGAAUCUGCAAUCACUUUUAAAUUUUUUUUUUUAUUAUUUCUCUAUCCCACUUUUCCUCCAAAGACCUCAAGGUAGCCCCCCUUCUACUUUAUCUUCACAGCAACCGUAAGAUGGAGGUUAGGCUGAGAGACUGAGCUUCCUGGUUGAGAGGGAACUAGAACCCAGGUCUUAGUCUGACACUCUAACCACUACAGCACACUGGUUCUGGUAAGAACCUACGUUAGUAUGAUGUUUGUACCUAAUUUAUUAUUGUUACCGCUUGGAUUUACAGUGAGUCCACAUAUAGACUCAAGGCUGCCUCACUGGACGCACAAGCUCUUGUGGUUAAAGGCUGUAAGCUGAUUUAGCAAUUACAGUACAUGCUUUUGAAUCCAUCUAGUAUCCACUAUAUAAAUCUGAUUAAAACAAAGCUAUUAUGGUGUCAGUCCUCCAUCCAGUGAAAGAAAAAUUAGGAUACCGAUCUCACAGGAAUAGAUUACUCAAUACUUCAAAUGUAUGAUUUGUUUUAUAGUGCAAUGCAAUAUUACCACUGGGUAAUAUUGUAUGCCAGAUUCUUCUAUACUGCAGUGAACCAGCUGUGCAAUGCUACUCUUUUGGAGAACUGACGCCUAAUAAAGGAGACUUAAUUGAGGAGUGCAGAGAAGAAGGGGGCAGUAUUAAAUUUUCUUCUAAAACUUUCCCAACACAAGCAUGCUGACGGCUCAGUAAUCGUGUGAAGUUUUUCUAUUUUUCAUCUGCUUUCAUAACGAUUAAGUAUUUCCCCCCUCUUGCUUCUUUGUUAAUUGCAAUUGCAAUUGGCUCUAUUAGUUUAAGUGAUGCACACAUAUGAGUAGCAAAAUUUGCAUGUGUGUCUUAAUCUCUUGUACAGGUUGCUUGGAACUUAAGGAAGAUACCAUUGAAAACCUCCUGGCAGCUGCGUGUCUCCUUCAGCUCCCUCAAGUAGUUGAAGUGUGCUGUCAUUUUCUCAUGAAGCUUUUACAUCCAUCUAACUGUUUGGGAAUCCGGGCAUUUGCAGAUGCUCAAGGAUGCACAGAGCUGAUGAAAGUGGCUCACAGCUAUACCAUGGUAAGGCAGUUCAACAUACCUUAUCACAGGAGAGCAAAGGGUACAUAGAUUUCGCUAGCAUUCAGAUCUUUUCUUAUGUUUUUGUAUUGUUUCUUCAUACCUUCUUAUGCAGUAUGCUUUAUAGAAAAUAUUAUAGAUUGCAACACUAUAGCAUUAAGAACUGGAUAGUUUGAUUUAUCCACUAUCUGCUCAUUCAAAUGAUUAUAUAUAACAGACUUAUUUCCUUGACUGAAAUUUCAUGUUCUUUAUUUAUUGUUUAACUCCUUGGUUAGAUAAACCUGCGUGUUCUGAUUUGGUGAUUUCAAAGUAGGCUUAUCUCAUCCCAAUUUAAUAUAUCUGUUCUUUCAGCCAAGUUAAUAGAAAAAGUGUAAUAAUAACCCUUUGUGGGUGGCUGCAUGGGUACAGACAGAAACCGGCACCAUUGUAUAUUGUCAUCCUGGUUAGAUCCCAUUGCAUCUUUAUCUUAUAAUAAGAAUUUUCCAUUCUUGUCGCAAUGGAUUCUCACUACUAGAAAUUCUGACACAGGAAGGGCGGGGGGGGGGGUGUUUUCCAAAGGACCCCAAGAGUACUGUGGAGAAAUGCUAUAUAUGUGUGGGUUUGCUUUCGUUUUUGUUUAAAAGGAAGAUACGUUAUGGAACCUCUCAUAGGCAUGAGGCCCUGUUUUGUUACAACAUGACAAGCCUUUUCACAGUGGUUGCUAGGUGACAUUUUUGGCAGGAGAGAGAGAUUGUUUGAAGGUUUACUAGACAGGGCUCAAAUUAGGCAAAUGGCAGUUAGUUGAACAAUUAAAACUCCAUUGGGAGUUAACUAUAGGAGAAAGACGGUUGGAAUUUGGACUGUUGAGGAGUUGCUUCAGGAGAAGAGGUGUGGAAGUAAUUAGUGGGUGGUGCAUUUGGAUAAUUGACUUGAGGGGAAUGCCAUUUAGAGGCAAGAGUCAACAGCAGUAACCCUUGAGUACAUACUCAUAAGGUGCAAAACUCACCUGGCACCGUAAGUCUCCAAUAUGUGUAGCAUCAGUAUAUUUGUGUGUGUGUGUGUAUGAAUCUAUUGAUUGAUCGGCCUAUCUAUCUGGAACCCAUAUUAACUUUAUCCUGUGUCUGGUGGUGAAGUUCAUCUCAUGCUCAAGCCUAACCACGUGACUAAGAGGUUGUGUGAAGCUUUCUGGGAGAAUGGGUGGUGGUGAAGGUAUUUAAAAUACACAGAUACCAGUACUUGUGUAUAGAUAAAUGAGUCUGAGGCACCAGGAUUCCUGACGUUGUGGUGGUAGUGGUCCACAAGACCUGAUAUACAUAUCAGUAUAGCCGUGGGACGCGGGUGGCGCUGUCGUCUAAACCACUGAGCCUCUUGGACUUGCCGAUCAGAAGGUCGGUGGUUUGAAUCCCUGUGACGGGGUGAGCUCCCAUUGUUCAGGCCCAGCUCCAGCCAACCUAGCAGUUCAAAAGCACAUCAAAGUGCAAAUAGAUAAAUAGGUACCACUCCAGCAGGAAGGUAAACGCUGUUUCCGUGCGCUGCACUGGUUCGCCAGAAGCAGCUUAGUCAUGCUGGCCACAUGACCCGGAAGCUGUCUGCAGACAAACGCCAGCUCUCUCGGCCAGUAAAGCGAGAUGAGCGCUGCAACCCCAGAGUUGGCUGCGACUGGACUUAACUGUCAGGGUUCCUUUACCUUUACCUUUAUAGCCACAUAGUUUUACACACUCACACCCACAAAGUUUCAGUUUGCAUUUACUUCAGUAAAAGGGGGAAAAAGUAGCUUGAUUGCUCCUGUUAUCAAAUGCUCUUUCAAGGAUCAUAGGAAACUGCCUGUGGUCAGACUAUUGAUUCAUCUAGCUCAGUAUUGUCUGUACUGACACAUGAAUGGCCCCUAGGAAUGACCCCCAGCAGCUGCAUAGUGCAGGGGCAGCAGCCGAAGUGCUGGAUUGACUCUGCUGCUGUGCUUGCACUGCACCAGCCUCCCUGCCGCAUCCUCCCCUCCUUUCUGAUAAGCACACUGACAUGAUUGAUGGGAGGUCAGGUGUGCAGCGGGUCCCUACUGGAUGGCUGCCCUUGUAAUUGACAGUAGACAAGUCUUUCUCAGUCCUACAUAACCCUAACCUGGGAUCUUUUCAAUCUAAAACAUGUGCUGUUCUACUGACUUACAGUCCUUCCCCUAAAUUUGAUUUGGAUCAGUUAAAAUUAUUUUAGAUACAGAGAAGCUUUCGUUAUUUUCAUUGCAUUUUAACAAUUUAUGCUGUGCCAUUAUAAAAAUGUCCGCAUGGGAUUAUUUCCACAGUGUUUGAGUGUGCACAAAAGAAUCUUUGGGUUCUAGUUGUGACAUGAAAUUAAGUGUCGCAUUAUAAUUAUAAUAAAGGAGUUUCAGGACUGGGCGUAAGGCACAUAUCUAUAUCUAGCCAUAAUUGCAUAAUUGCAUAGUAUUGAAGUAUCACUACUUAUAACCCAAAACUUAAAGCAAAUACAACAAUGCAACAAUUUAAAUUAAAAUAUAGAACUAUGUUCCUUGUGACUUGAUACUGUUAGUAAUAUUUGGCUACACUUUAUUGUCUGCAGAGAGAACUGUUCCUUCUGGUCUAGAUUGAAAUUAUUACUGUAGUAAUAAACAGAGCCUUAAAUGCAGCUGCUGUGAUUGCCUAGCCAGAUAUCCAUUAGAACAAGCAUGGCUCUUGGUCAGAUGCUUAGAUUGGCUGGCAGCUCUUCAGAGAUGGAGGGACUCAUCAUGGAAUGUCAGUCAAGAGGCAAGGAAGGCAGAGGUGCAGACAGAACUCUCUGCUGGCUCCUUGUCUUCAGGGACCCAGGCUACUCGCAAAGGGGGACCUGGAGCUUUACAACCUCUGGCAGUGGAUUCAUUUCUCAUAACACUUGGUUUCCAGACAAUUGAUCAAAUUUGUCACCCUCCUCUGCUCAUGUCCCAGAUUGUUAAUAUCCUUCUUAAACUGUGGUUCCCAGAACUGGACAGAGUACUCCAGGUGUGGUCGGACAAAGGCAGAAUAGAGCAGGACUAUUACUUGCCUUGAUUUGGAGACUAGACUUCUGUUAAUACAACGUAGAAUAGCAUUAGGGGUUUUGUUUUGUUUUUGCUUCUGCCUCACAUUGUUGACUCAUAUGCCAAUACCUCAUCUGGAUGUGCUGAUGUAAGUAGAAGAUGAAUUUAUAUGUUAAUCCUGUUGCUGUGAAUUGGCUGCACAUGCUAAAGAUCUUCAGCAGCAACUAUGAGAAAGAAUGUUUAAAUGGGAAUUUUACCAGUGUAGUGUUGGUUUGAUUUUGCGUUUCUGCUCCAUUUCCUACAGAAGUCAAAAUUUCACUGAUAUCCUUCAGGAAUUAACAGUCUUCACGGAAUAUGUAUAAUUCAAAUGAGCACUUUAAUCCUACAGCUACACAUUUUUAUUCCUGGAUUGCAAACUGGUUUCUAGCACCUCUGCUUCUUGCACCAUUACAAAAGUUGGUAUUCAUUCAGCUGCUAUAGUUACAUGAUUUUUAGAGAUUACAAUUACCUGUAGAAUAUGAGGCACUUCCAAAUUAUUUAAAUAAAUAAACAAAUAAAUAAUAACAAUAAUUGAUAGUAUUUUUAUGUGAUUAGCUUAUAAUUUAAUGUAUGCAUAGCCAUGUAUAAUAAUAAUAAUAAUAAUAAUAAUAAUAAUAAUAAUAUAUUGUCUAUCUUAAUAUUAUAUUAUGACAAAGCUAUAGUAUUAAACAUAGUGGGGACUGGAAAAUAAGCUCUUGGGGCUGUUUAAAGGAAAAGCCUGGUGGAAAUUGUGAUGAUACAAUUACAACAAGCAUUUUUAGACAAAGACUAGGAAGGACGUCUUGUAGAGAUAAGGAUGCCUUUUUCUUCAAAGGUGGAAUGAUGCCAGAUGGCUGAAAGGGCAAUAAAAGAAAAGUAAAUACACAAAACGAUAUUCAUAAGCAUUUUUUUUCUGCUUAAUUAGUAUAGGCAAAGUGGGGAACAGUUUUGACAGUUUCAUGAAGUCAUGCAUUCCAAUUUCAUAAGCUGAUAGGGUCCAUGCCACAUAAUACUAGAGCAAGAUAAAUAUGUUACAGAGAACAGGACACUUACGGACAAGUUGGAGUUAAGCAUCAGGGGAGAGAAAUUGAACCUUGUGAAAUCUGGUGUUUAGUACACACAGUUGGCACUAAAUAAUUCAACAGUAGUGGAACCAAAUAAAUAAAGGAAGUAUCUACAAUAAAAGGCAGCACAGACUGUGAAAGCAAACUAAUGGAAUAAAAUGUGCAGUUUUGAACAUAUAUAAUGAAGGCGAGCCCACAAAAAUCCAGGCAAGAAUUUUAUUUAUAAACCGCUCUGAGAGACUUGAAAAGAUACGAAAGGAGAGCUCUUUCCCUUGAAGCCCUUUGUGAUUUUGUGCAAUGAAUACACAUGUGUUAGUCAUUUGUUGUGCUGAGUCCACUUGUGUCCCCUGGAGAAUAUACUUUUCUGGUAGGAAUAACAUGUUUCUGAGCACUGAAAUGCCAAUAUAUUGUACCUAGUGAAAUUCCAUAUAGCUUUCAGGAUUAUGCAGUUACAAUUGCCAGGAGGAAGGGGCUACAUGAAUUUUGUAGACAUUUAUUUUAUGAUGUGAAGCAAUUAGCAAUGUGAAGCAAAAACCCUUCAGUGUCAAGUUCUCCUAUAUUAGUGAUUCCCAAACUGUACACCAGGGCUGACUUGUAUGCUGAGAGAGGGGAUACAGUGUACCUUGAUAAAUCGAGUCAUUGUGAUGGAUGUUUCCACAACUCCAGCCCCCUGCACACAUUGACAAACUGAAGGGGGAUCCAUGCAUUGAAAGGACAUUAGAGCUGCACUGUUGGCCCUGCUCCAAAUGUUACCCAGUUUCCUUGACCUCACUCCUGACAUUUGCAUACUGAGUGUGGGCAUCUGCAAUGGGCAGUACUAUUUUUCUAGAAAAAGAGGUGCCGGAACUCACCUUGUUCUCUUAUAAUGGCAAUGGCGCACAACCUCAGAGGUGCCAGAACUGAGUUCCAGCGAGUUGCAGCUGAAAAAAAGCUAUGGCGACAGGGGAGACUACAUGUGUAGACGUCAAUGGAGGUGGAAUCUCAUGUGACCAGGUUUCCAGCUCUUAAUGAAGGUCUGUGUACAUGGGCUUCCCCGCUGCAGCCAUUCAUGUUCAAUGCAUGGAUGUCAGGGGAGAAGCCAGGUUAGCAUGUGGCAUCUGGGGUGAGGCCAGCAGCAUGGAAAGCCCUUCAGAUGAUUAGUGUGGAAGGCUUCUGUGUCCGUCAGAAUGAGGAGACUCCAAACAGCACUGAUGCUACCCUGAAAACCGCCUGCGGGAGUGUAAUUUUCCCGAGGAAGGGACUAAGGAAACACUGGGGUUCCCUGAUAUAGCCUUUAUUACAGCUGACAGGUACAAGGUAAUUCCAGAAGUAUUAAUCAUGGUCCCUUCCAUGUGUGGAAAAUUGCGGUCAAAUACUGUAUAAGUAGCAAGUUUGGGGCUAGUUAAUGUAUUCCUAGGUUUGGUUAGGUCAUACCUCUUUACCUCCCGUGAAGAAAAAAGUGAAACUUCCUUUGUUCAUUCUAUUCCACCAUGUGAAGCUGACCCAUGCAUCACGUCUGGGCAUGAUUGUUUCAAGCCCAUACUGCAUGCUCAGAAACAUUUUUCUGUAUUUUGUAACCCAAGAAUUUCCUACCUGUGUUUUUCUUGCUGCUGUACUGUAUAACACAUGAAUGUGGCGUUUAGAGUGUGUGAGUAAAGCAUUCAAAUCUACUAAUGGUGUGAUCUGCAAGAGGGAUAGAGAGGGGAAGCACUAUAAGUGGACUAAAUGGGAUAUUAAAAAGUUUAAUAGCCUAUUGUUCUCAUGCUUCACUGUGCUGAAUGAUUCUGUGUUGUCAAAUUUUGCUGGGGGCUCUCUCUUACUGGAAAGUGUGGUUACACCCAAACUUUGGAUCUAGGGGUCCAGCCCUCACUCAGAUUUUAAAAAUGGCUAUGAGUAGAAAGACUAUCUGAUCUCCCCCUGCUUAGCCAUCUUGACAACUUUUGAAAAAGCUGAGUUUCACUGCUUUGCACUACUGCUUCCUGUACAGAGUAUUAUUUUUUUUAAGGAUAAGAUAGGUUUUUUCCUUCCCCACCAUCCCCAGGCAGACAAGGUUUCACCCCAACAGUGAUAAAAAUAAUGGAUAUUCCACUAUUGUUGCUGGAGAAGUAUUCUGCAAAGAAUAAAAUGUAGUUGGGACAUGUUUUGUUUAAUUGCAUUAAAAAGUCCUAAUAAAUGCAUCAAUAAAUACAAAUACACAAGUAUUUUUUUUCCCAUUUGAAAUUGCUGAAGAGAAGAGUAUUGCAGAAAAGAAAGUACCCAGAAUGUGGAGCCCAGCAUGGAACCCACAGCAGAGUGGUUCGUGAGUGAUCUGAAGAGUGCUGAGAAAGUCUAAAAAGAAGCAGAGUGCUGUGAUUGAAAGGAAACCAGCAGCUUAUUCUAUGUUGUGUCCUUAUGAAGAGCAGUUCAUAGAUUUUUUUUAAAGUUAGACCAUACCUGAGUUCAACAGCAAUUUUACCAUUUUAAUGUAGCAGUGUCAGUGUUACUCAGACAUGCCUGGAACUUGUUGCAGAUUGCUCAUUAUAUAUUGGAUUUUGCACCAAUUAAAGGGUCGGUAUAGAAUUUGAAAUGCAAUCCAUUGCAAAGGAUAUCAUCACAGCAAAGGGGAAGGAGACUAAGGCUGCACUUUUAUCUGUACUUAUUCUGGGAGUGAGUCCCAUUGAACUCAAUGGUCUGAAUAGAUAUGUAUUGGAUUGCACUGUUAGUGAAUAAUAUAAACUUAAGAAGGGGAUGGGGCGACACCAAAAACUAAAAUAAUGUAGAAAUGGUUAAAGCCACAUGAAAGGCUGGGAAUUUAGUCAGAGAAAAGGGUUUAAGAUGAUGACUGAUAAAGCACAUACCUUUUGAGAAUAUGUAAAGGGAAAGUAAGCACCCUAAAGAGGAGAAUAAUAUAGCCAAAGAUAAGUAAAAAAAAAUUUAAUUCAUUUAUUUCAGUGGAAUAGAUAGGUGUUCAUUUGUAGCUACAAUUCUAUGCACAUUUACGGUGGAAGGUACUCCUAUGUAAACAUGCAUUGCUCUGUAAGUUUUCUCCACUGGAACUUGAAAGUGUCCAGCUUUAUCAUACCUGUGGCUAUUAUUUAUCCAAAACUGAUAACAAAUUGACUGCAAAAAGUUAUCACUAUUCUGCAUACAGAACUUCAGAAAAUGCAUUAGUCACAUGAAAGAACAGAAAACUUGAGUACAAUAUUUUGUUUCACUUUCCCCUUUCCUGAACCUGAGCUUUAUAGGGCAUGUUUCCUUUGGAGGAAAAAUAUGGGAGAUUUAUAGAGUUUUUAUAAUAAAGUUUAACAAGCGAGUAGGAGAAAAAACAAUCAUACAACUGCAAGCAUGAAGGCAAAACUUGUCUAGUAAAAAACCCCAGCAAUGUGCAGCAUCCCAAAAAUCCAAAACUGCAUCUUUUCUUUGGUCUUUAUGCAUGUUCUAUGAGGUUAUACAAACAAAAUAAUUUUUGUUACCUCAAUUAUUGUGGGUGGACAUAUCUCAAGCUAUAUUUCAAAUGGCUAUGGCAAUGCAUGGCUUUCUGUUUCAGUACAGUGGUGCCUCGCAAGACGAAAUUAAUCCGUUCUGCGAGUGUCUUCGUCUAGCGGUUUUUUCGUCUUGUGAAGCAACCCUAUUAGCGGCUUAACGGAUUAGCGCUAUUAGCGGUUUAGCGGCUAUUAAAGGCUUAGCGGCUUAGCUGCUAAAAGGCUAUUAAAGGCUUAGCGGCUUAGAAAAAGGGGGGGGAGCGGAAAAAAAUCUCAAGACUCGCAAGACAUUUUCGUCUUGCGAAGCAAGCCCAUAGGGAAAUUCGUCCUGCGAAGCGCAUCGAAAAACGGAAAACCCUUUCGUCUAGCGGGUUUUCCGUCUUGCGAGGCAUUCGUCUUGCGGGGCACCACUGCACUGAUCAAGACACAUAAAAUACAAGUGUAGCCAUGUUUGUUCAUAAGAAAAAACAACCUCAAAAUUCAAACACAUGGCAAUUUUUUGAGUUAUCCUCUGGCCUCUGGUUCCAAGGAGGACUUUUUAAUGAGCAGACACACUACUACCUCUAAGAACUUCAGGCAUCACCACCCUCAUGCAAAGAUGCAUUUACUGCCCCUUGGACUCACUAGUGAAUAGCAUGGUUGGGCAACAGUGCUUAUCUGACCUUUCAGCAACUGGGGGUUGGAGGCAGGUGGUGGGGAAGUCAACAUGCAAACUUCGUAGAUGAUGAUGACUCCCUUGCCCCCACCUAAUCCCUCCAGCCAAUGAAGGUGCUGCACUGAGUACCCAGGUGGACAAAACAGGGUCUGACUAACCCCACCCUUGGUAAUACAAGCCAGGUUGGCCUCCACAUCCAUGAUUAAAUCAUGGAUGACAGAUGUCUUGUUGUGGCCUGCCCUGGCAUUGAAAAGCACCACCACUAGCCUAGAGAAUGGGUUGACAAGAUGGGUUGACACCAAAGCCUUGGGGGAUGCAGGAAGGACCAGGAAGAGACAAUAAUUUUAAGCAUCUGCCCAUCUUCUCACGAGGCUUAUCAAACCUUCAGCAUCAUAUCUCUCCCAGACUUGAUCAUUAUAAUACAGGUACCCUUCCCCUCUGCAUUCACCCAGGCACAUAAUUUUAGUCACCACACAUUAUUCCUAUCAAUAAGGAAAGUGGAAGGCAGGGCAGGGGUAGUAUUUGAGACAAAUACCUGGUCUGGUCACAGCAGCCAUGCUUAGUUGUCUGGAGCUAUUUGCUCUGAAUUCACCUGUACAGUGCACCUAGACUCUGGCACACUAUUCUGCUUCCAUGAGUGUUAUCUUUUGAAGCCCACAGGAAAUAUUAGCAGAAGUAAAGAGGAAGGUAGAUAAUAUGACACAGAUUUUCCUAUAUUAGUUAUACCAAUGUUUAGCUAUUCAUGCAGUGUACGCAAUGAGAGCCAUAGAUCUGUCUUGCUAAAUGAUAAAAUUAAACAAGGAUUGGUGUGAGUGAUGGAUUUAAAAGAAGAAAUCAUGAUGUCAACUUCUGCUGGAUUACCAAGCUUCCAUAGAUCAACAGAAUGGCCUUUCUCAUGGGUGAAAGGCACUAGCAAAGCUGUAUUUCUCUGUGUUCGUGAUAUUAAAGGAGGCUUAGACUUCCCUUGCUUUUGAUAUCUUUUCCCUCCACCCCCGUUUUCCCCAUAAACUGCUGUACUUCAUAAGAUCACUGCUUGUGGUUUGGCUUUCUGGAGGUGCUUGCUUGAAAUGAAUGGAUAUAACUAGCACUUAUCACAGUGUGGAACUUUUUUAUGAUAAGCUUUCUCUAAUACAGCAGUGAUGCCACAGCACCACUUCAUCAGGGCACAGUUGGGGGAAGAGAAAAAGUAAAAACAUUUAAGGGACCGGCAUAUGGACAACAAGUCAAUUAGCAGGCAUAUAAGGAAGACAACUGCUGGUACUGAAAUGCCUCAGAUCUUAUCGGGAAAGUAGUUAAGCAAACAGCCCAUGGUGAAUUAGUCUGCAAUCUGAUGCCUAAUUUAACUCCAAGAACCUCCAACCUUAUUGCACAAAAGGAAAUUAACAUGUUAGAAAAUAAGGCUGAAUUACUGCAUAGAUACAACACUAGAUCUGCUUCUUGAACUGAAAUAUUCUACAUUUAGGUUGGAAAUUUUCAAGUUUAAGCCCAUCAAAAAGAGUCCUAAAAUUCAAAUUUAAUUUAUUUGAGGAACAGACACUGACCUCCUGGUUACAAUACACAGAACUGCAUUUUUAUAUGUUCAUAAGAACUGACCAUAUUAACUUACUGUCAAACCAGUUUUAUCAACUGUAUUUUAUUGUGAGAGAAUGCAGUAUGCAUCUGCUGACAUCAGUAAAUAUAUGUAUAGUUUACUGAGUAAGUAACCAGGAGAUGCUCACCAUUUUACUCCCUGCAUCAUCAUCAUCAUCAUCAUCAUCAUCAUCAUCAUAAUGUUUUACAUGCAUUUUCCAAACAAUUCUACAUUGGCCAGUCAAGUUAAAAAGGAUUCUAAUCUGAGUGCAAAGGAUUCAGUAGCCUCAUGACCUGUGACAUAGCUUAUUGAUCUGUCUCAAACUCUAUAUACAUGUAGGCCCCUAAGUUCUGACCUUGCAUGUUCAGCUGAGCAGGACACUCUACCUACUGUGCUUUCAAAGUGCCAACAACUGACUUCAGGGACCCUGGGUUAAAGAACACAUUGUCUGGAUCUAGGUACAGUCACCCAUAGCCUAUGUCUAACUUCAUGUGGGUGAUUCCCUCUAAAGAACUUGGGAUCUAGAAUUAUCUGAUGGUUGCCUGACUAGGAGAUUGCAUUGGGGUCUAAUGUUAGCUGGUUUGAGCUUUUCAAAAGGAGACUGGAAUAUUUUGCAAGAAGGACAGGCCUUCUGCUCGAAUUACCUUUCCCUGUCAUAUGUAUAAUUUUCUCGUUACCCUCUCCCAAAUUCUGCAUGAUUUAAGUUUAGCGUGUCAUAUGAAGUAAUAAAAGUAUGCUUGCCUAAAAGAGGUCCUUUAUGAUGUUGUUGUUGUUUUAAAAACUUUUGAUAAAACUCUCCAUAGUGAAUUUUAUAUGAAACUUUAAGUGUCCAAGUUUAUUUUUUUCUAUAUUUUAUAUAGCCAUCAAGAUGUGCAGGACAGGUAGAAUUUUGUAAGACAUGUCAAGAUUCCUGCUUUUCUGAAGUAAGCAUUAAUUAUUAGUGGCAAAGUUUCAAAUACUGUAAUCAUGUCUAGAGUGCUUGGCCUUAAUCCUAUUCUUUUACCAGAACCAUCCACUAUUGCUUGUGGAAUAUCAUACAGUCUCUUACGCUCUUCCAUGGUCUCUUUGCCUCCUCAUUGUUCUCAUUGCUCCACCAGGGAGCCACAGAGAAGCCAUACAGAAAUGAGUGAUGCAUUAGCAAACCAACCAGUCAGGGACUUAGUAUCUGUGUAAACUGCUUUGAGACUAUAGUACAGUGGGCCACACUUUCAGAAUAAAAAUUUGCUCACAUUGCACCAAUUUUUUUUUUAUUCAUAAGAAAUACACCGGAAAAGGAAAAGAGACAACAACUAGCAGUCCUUGAUUUAUAACAUAGUGCACAACUGCUUUAUAGUAUGAUCAUCUCAAAAGUAUAAAACAAUGCAGCUGCAUAAGAGCACAAGUCAUUCCCAAAAUAUAAUUAUAAACAAGACUCUUACAUGCAGUAUGUACCUUAAGUAUGCACACAAACUCAUUGAGAGGUGUGAGCUUGCUUUCGUGGGCUAAACUCAUUUAUAUUAGGCCUAAUUUGAGACAAACAAACUCUCAUUUUUUUCUCUCUUUUUCUGAUCUUUCAUAUUUGUAAGAGUUGAAAAUCCCUGUAUGUUGUAGAGACGGAUAGCCAAUUCUUCCUGAUUCUCUGACUUUUGGUAAAUAAAGUUGUAGUUAGCAGUGCAUUGCUUGAGAUCCUAAUGAAUGUCAUUAGCCCACUUUUAUUUUUAGAAUGAAUAGAAGGAGAAUUCCGGGGUCAGCGCCAGCGGCUAAUGGCGUAGCUCCUCUAAGCGGAGGAACUAGCUCCGUGAAAACUGGGUUGCCCGCCACGGCGAAGGCGGGGACCCAUUAGAAAUCUCAGGUGGAGGAAGCCUGGGAACGUGGGGGUUCGGCAGGGCACCUGGAGCGCCCCCCUACUCGCGGGGAAUCCCUUUUAAGGGCUCCGGAGCGAAGUGGGGUGAGCGGCGCGGUGCUGCAGACUGACUGCUACUUUCACGGAGUGAAGUCGCACAGCCAUUGCCGGGGAGCGCUGACUUUUUUCCUGUGGACAUUUGGAUCUAAAGUAACUACCUGUGAGUAAAGUGAAGAAAUUGGACUUUUAAUAAGUUGAAUUCGGCUAUGAACGGGGGAGGCAUAAAACAGGAAGUCCGCCUUCCUCUUUUUGUAAAUAGUGGGAAGCAAGGAGGUUUAAACUAAAGCCUGAAAGACUGCUUUUGACAUCUAAAUCUUCAGUAUAAAAAUAGCGAACCCCCCCUUGGCUGCAGGGGAAAAAGGGGGGAUUCUUGGACAUUAUUUGCCUGCAGAAAAAGAGGGUAAAAGCUAACUUUUCACCACUCGGAACCUGGGAACGGCAGCCAUUAAAAUUGCUGCAUCGUGGAGCUCAGCAUUGACUGUGUACAGACUAUUGGACUGUCAGUGAGUGAAACACUGUAUCAAUUAUUUUCUCUUGGCUUAAAAGUUUCAACUACGUUUCUGAAUUAAAGUUAAGGUUGGAUACUAACUAUACUGGCAUAACUUGUUAGAGUAACUUUUAAAAGAAAAACAAAAAGAAAAGGAUACUUUGGACUAAUAUAAGAUAAACAACUACUUCCCUCUAGAGGAGGAUUUUGAAACUGUUAUAAGGAGUGGAAUUUUCCAGUUUUAAAGAUAAAACCCUGGGACUGUACCUGACCUUGAGGGCCUUGAGUGUUAUGGCAGAUGGGAAGGAAAAAAUAGAUUCAUUACAAGAAAAGACAACUAGAUCUGGCAGGACCUUUCGGAGAGCUUCUACAUCUGGCCCUCCUGCUCCCUCUGCAGCUGUGUCAAUGUAUACUAAACCAAAAGGAGGAAUGCCCUCGGAAGAAGAUUGGGCUCUUGUUUUAAGUAAAAUUAACAGCUCUUUGGAACAAAUGAAUAAAAAAUUGGACCAAAAUUCACAAAAAUUGGACCAAAAUACACAAAGUAUAAAAAGCUUGGAACAAAAGGUUAAUUCUAACACAGAAGCUAUAGAGACAUUAGUUAAGGAGUCUAACUUAACUAGACAGACUGCAGAGGAAGCCAAGGAAAAGAUUGUUACUGUCGAAGCGAAGGUAGCACAAUUGGAAACAGAGGUCCCAGAUGUGUGGAAACAAGUACAAGAUCAGAAGCAGAUGCUCUCUAUGUUUGAGCUCAAGGAGAAACAGACAAAUUUGAGAAUUCAUGGAGUACCUGAACUAGAAAAAGACUCCUUGAUAGACUUUCUUACAGAGGAAUUUGCAGCCUUUUGGAAUCGGGACCUACAAAAAGAGGAGUUUAAAAUUGUGAGAGCCUUUAGACUUGGAAGAGGAGGGAAGAAGGAGAAGAACAGAAUAAGAGACUGCCUGAUUACACUCCGAUCGAAGGAAGAGAGGGAUAAAAUCUUGAGUUGGCAUUACGAGGAGGCCUUGACAAUACACCAAUUUAGAGUGGAGAUAUUUAAAGAUAUUCCCAAAUAUCUUUUAGAUUUGAGAUUUAAUUUCAGAGAUUUGGUUGAACUGUUGAGAAGGAACAGAAUCAACUUUCGAUGGGAAUUUCCUCAAGGCCUAUCCUUUAGCUUCAAAGGAAGAAAAAUAAAGAUAAGAUCAAUAGAGGAUAAAACAAAGUUCCUGUACAACCACGAAGAAGACCUACAGAAGGGAAUUGGAAAAGAGCCAACAACACCGGAAAGAGGGUCACCAGACAGAGGAUUGGAGCAAAGAGUGCGGAAGAGAGCAUCAACAAAAAAAGAUACUUUGGAUACCUUGGACAUCUCAUCAUUGUCUUUUGGAUUGGACCCCCCUGAUAAGGAGCCAACGCUACUACCAACAGAAGAGGAGCAAGAUCUGGGGGCAGUUGGGGGAGUACCAAAGUAGUCACAGGAUGGCGCUGCAGGACCUGAGCUGGAAUGUGCAUGGCCUUAACAUUUCAGAAAAAAGGCGACGAGUGUUUCAUUUAUUGAAAAAAGAGCAACUGGACUUGAUUUGCCUACAAGAAACGCAUGUGACAAGGUUACACAGGAAAUUAUUAAGUAACAAAAAAUUAGGCCAAGAAUUUAUUUCUUCGGACAAAGUUAAAAAAAGAGGAGUGGUUCUCUACGCAAAGGAGAGCCUAUCACCUAAAUUUAUCUUUAAAGAUGAACAAGGAAGACUUGUAGCAAUUGAAAUUCAAUUACAAGGAGACAGGUUUUUGGUGAUAGGUAUCUAUGCACCAAAUGAAGGGAAAUCGGAAUUCUUCAAAAAGCUACAUGAAAUCUUGAUGGACUAUUUGGAUUAUAAUAUGAUUUUGAUGGGAGACAUGAAUGGUGUUGUAUCUACGAAUAUGGAUAAGGCGCAAAGACAAACAAUCACCAAGGAUGGAAGACUACCAAAAACAUUUUUUGACAUGACUGAAAAUUUGGACUUAAUUGACAUUUGGAGAAUGAAGAAUCCUCUGGGAAGAGAGGGAACUUUCUUCUCGGAGGCAAAAAUGACAUGGACAAGAAUUGACCAAAUUUGGGUAACUAGAGGACUGGCUCCAAAGAUCAGCAAGGCUGAAAUUUGCCCAAAGACCAGCUCUGAUCAUAAUGCUGUGAAGAUGGAAAUGAAAUUAAUGCCAACUGGUUCCUUCAGAUGGAGGAUGAAUGACUCUUUGUUUAGGAAUGAUGAAUUUAUUUAAAAGGCCCAAAAAACAUUGAAAGAUUAUUUUGAGAUAAAGAUGAACACUACAGUGGAAAAAAGAGUAAUCUGGGACGCAAGUAAAGCCGUAAUGAGAGGUUUUUUGAUACAACAGAAUGCAAUUAAGAAGAGAAUGCAAAAUGAGAAAAAAGACAAAAUUUUGGAAAAAAUAAAGGAAGGAGAGAAGAAACUGAGGGCGAAACCAAAGUCCCAGGAAAUUUUAAAAGAAAUAAAGCUUUAUCAAGUACAAUAUAUGAAAAUGAUGAAUCAGGAAAUAGAAUGAAAGAUUAAACUGAGACAAAAGACAUUUGAAUCAGCAAAUAAGUGUGGGAAACUGCUGGCUUGGCAAUUGAAAAAAAGACAAAAAUUAAAUACUAUUACGAAUCUGGAAGUGGAAGGAAAGAAUAUACAGAAUCCAGCUGAAAUUAGAAGGUGCUUCCAGAGGUAUUUCAAACAAUUAUAUACACAAUAAAAGCAGAAUGAAAUGGACAUUGAUAAAUUCCUGGAAAUAAAUGGACUACAAAAAAUUUCCCAAGAAAAUAAAUUAAUGCUUGAUUAUAAAAUAACGGAUCAGGAAGUAGAAGGGGCCAUUCAGAAUAUGCAAUUAGGUAAAUCUCCAGGACCGGAUGGACUGACUUCUAGAUACUACAGAACUUUGAAAGAAUGGUUAAUACAACCAUUAAAGGAAGUCUGUAAUGAAAUAUUGGAAAGGAAAAGGGCACCUGAGUCGUGGAAAGAAGCAUACAUUACACUUAUACCAAAAUUAGAGUCUGAAAAGAUGCAACUUAAAAACUACCGUCCCAUAUCACUGCUUAAUGUGGAUUAUAAAAUUUUUGCAGACAUUUUGGCUAAAAGAUUGAAAAAGGUGCUAGCAGAAGAAAUUCAUAAAGACCAAGCGGGCUUUCUCCCGGGCAGGCAUUUGUCUGAUAAACCCGAUAAUAAAUGUUGGAAAUGCAAUGAAAUUGAAGGUACAUUCUUUCACCUUUGGUGGACAUGCCCAAAGAUUAAGGCAUUCUGGGAGAUGAUCUAUAAUGAAAUGAAAAAGGUAUUUAAAUAUACCUUUUUAAAGAAACCAGAGGCCUUUCUCCUGGGCAUGGUGGGCCAAUUGGUGCCAAAGGAGGACAGAGUUUUUUCAUGUAUGCCACAACAGCAGCAAGAAUACUCAUCGCAAAGCACUGGAAGACACAAGACUUACCUACCAGGGAAGAAUGGCAGAUGAAACUGAUGGAUUACAUGGAAUUGGCGGAAAUGACUGGCAGAAUCCGAGACCAGGGAGAAGAGUCGGUGGAAGAAGAUUGGAAAAAAUUUAAAGUAUAUUUACAGAAAUAUUCUAAAAUUAAUGAAUGUUAGAAGUAUGCUGGAAAGAAGCUAUAUGACUUUAGUAGAAAUACUAUAAAGAAUUAAGUAUGAAUAGAUUGACAUUGGGUAAAGGCGUAAAUUUAAGGCUAAAUUGCGUUAAGAUAAAUUAUGGAACUAAAUUUGAGAAAGAGGGAAAGGACUUGCUGGAAUAAUUAAUUGAACUAGAAUACAAAAAAGGAGGUGUGAGGAAGUCGAGGAAAUAAGCAAAUGAAAAAUAAGGAUAUGAAAAUACGGGAUCCCUUUUAUUUUUGUUUGCUCUUUUUUGGGUUUUUUAAAUGUUUUUGUCUUUUUUCUUUUUUUCCCUUUUUUAUAUUGUUGAUGUUUUGUAUUGCUGUAUUCAUUUUUGUGUUUGAGGUUUUGGAAUUGUUUAUUGCUUGUAUUUUUCUUUUGUUUCUCUUUUCUUUUCUUUGUAAUGUUUAAACUUUAAUAAAUAUCUUAUUUAAAAAAAAUGAAUAGGAAGUGUUCCUGUUGUAAGUGGGGGAACAAUAUGUGUCCUGACACAGUAAUGUUAAUGGGGAUAUCAUAUUUUUCACUUAAUUAGUCCAUGUAAUUGGACAUAAUUGAUGUUAAUUGAAAUGAUUACAUGAUGCAAAGAAAGAGAGUGAACUAUAUUUUAAGAGAGCAUAUUUGUUUAGAUUCGUAAUCCUCCAAAAUUAAUUUUAAGAACACCACUGUGAUGGAUUAGUUUAGUUUACUACCGAAAACUGAAUAGGCCUAAGGCCAUGUUCUCCUUUUUCUUUUCUUUUCUUUUCUUUUCUUUUCUUUUCUUUUCUUUUCUUUUCUUUUUUCAAAAAAGUGCUUAGAACAGUGCAGUUUGACAGCUAUAUAAUUGUUUGCAAGGUGCUGUGUACUGCUCACAUUAAUAAAAGAGCAUUCUAACCCAUCAACCUCUCAUCACAUUUUCUGGCCAAAGAAAUUUGCAUUGUUUGAAACUGAAUUAAUGAAAGAGUUUGCAUCCUUCUGCUAGACAGUAAGGUGUGAGUUCUUUGGGUCCUUGGGGGAUGGAGUUGGUGAGAUGCCAAUAAGUGCUGCCCUCUAUUGCUCUCGCCUAGUCAAAUUGCCUGCUAAGAAAUUGCUCUUGGCUGAAGGUAGUGCUUCCUGUAGAAAAUAUAAAGGGCGUGAGGAAGCCCCCAUAACUUAUUAUUUGUUUCAGGAGAAACCAGGUAGUCUUCCAUUUGUUCAUUUACUUUGAACAUGUAUGUGCUUCUUUUCUGUAAUAAUGUUUUGAGACUGGAAAUAGAGGAAUUGUUUUGAAACUGGAAAGAGAGGAAUUGUUCCUAGCAAUUAUAAUGAGGAUAUCAUUUUAUGAAUAUCAGUUAAGCAAUAAUGUCUUAUUAUGUAUCUUUUCGCAUUCUGGAAGACUAGAGCUUCCAUAAGUCUCAAACAGUGUACCAUAUCAAAUGGCCCACUAUUCCUGUGGACGUGACUUGGUUUUGUAGUGAUCUUACCAUGACAACAGCCUUACAUUUUUGCCUUCAAUCACCAGAUCACCCAAAUCGUGAAGAGUGCAGUACACUGUGUGACUUUUCACUUGUGCACAGAUCAGUAUAUCCUGUGCCAGUCCCAGGGGUGCCACGGAGACCAUGAAGCCCUGUGCAGAGCAAGCAAGAUAUCAGGAAUUUGGGCACCUUCAGCACCAGCCUCAAGUCAGAGAGUAAACCACAUGCAUAGCACCUGAAAUUAGAAAUACACAUACAAGACCAGACCAUAUAUUUUGCUGAGUAAAACACAUUACAAAGCCAGUCUUGGUGAAUCAUGGAAACUCUAGUUCCCUGAUAUUCACCCUGAAGUUGUUACUAGAACAAGUAUCUGGUCAUAACAAGCUGGGCCAGUAAAAGUCCACUCAUCUCAUUUGAUCAGGUCUCAGUAGUUCAUGGCAGGUUGGCUUUUUCUUCAAGAACACAUGUGUUGUGGAUGUGAAAGCCCAUCCUAAGAAAAAUCUUAGGAUGCAUGCUUAUUCUCUUGAAGUUUGCAGUAAGAGAAGCAUUAUAUAAGGGGUGAUGGCUUUUGUAAUUCUGGGACUGAAGGACGCGGGUGGCGCUGUGGGUUAAACCAUAGAGCCUAGGACUUGCCGAUCAGAAGGUCGGCAGUUCAGAUCCCCGCGACGGGGUGAGCUCCUGUUGCUCGGUCCCUGCUCCUGCCCACCUAGCAGUUUGAAAGCACGUCAAAGUGCAAGUAGAUAAGUGGGUACCGCUCCGGCGGGAAGAUAAACAGCGUUUCCGUGCGCUGCUCUGGUUCGCCAGAAGCGGCUUAGCCAUGCUGGCCACAUGACCCGGAAGCUGUACGCCGGCUCCCUCGGCCAGUAAAGCGAGAUGAGCACCACAACCCCAGAGUCAGCCAUGACUGGACCUAAUGGUCAGGGGUCCCUUUACCUGGAAAAUCAGGAGACUUGGAGGGUAUGAUUUUAGCAUAUAAUAAACAACCGUGACGUGCCAACUCUGUGCUGAGGCUGCGUUAGUCUCUUUAAUUGGCAUUCAGAAAUAUAGCUGGCUUUUAUGUACAUCUUAAAAUUGAGCAGAGACCAUACUGCUUUUAUGACAAGUAAAAAGCUCAUAAAAACUAAUGUUUUGCUUUCUUUGAUGAGUAUUGCAGACAGAAUUAUUUUUUCUUUCGCUUUCUAUAUCAGGGGUGAGAUUAGGGUGUCUGGUUUGCAUUCUUGUUUAUCUUCUUGCCUCUUAAAGCAUUUUUCAUAUUCCCUGUGAAAAAGCCUAUUGGAGAAGAAAAUAUAGUGCAGAACUGUAAUAAAUAAAUAAUUAAACAGAGAUGAACUAUAUGCAAUAAUACAACAUUUAUUUCCAGGAUGGUGAAAUAGGUAUACCAAGAACAUAUUGGAGACUGACUUUUAGUAAGGCAUUGCAAGAUUGCAGUAUUUAAAUUAAUGUAUUAAAUAUCAGGCUUGCAAGACCAUUGGCUGGGAAAGAAAUUGCUGAAUGUGUUUAUUUCUUUAAUUGUUUGUGUUAUAUCCACAAUAAUAAUAGAAAACAUUCUGAAAAAGUUAAAACGUUCUAAAAAUCGUUACAUUUGAAAACAUAAUUUCCUCCAUUGAUCUCAGGUUUUCCAGGAACAGUAUCCCACCAAACGCUUUCAAAUUCCUCCCAAAAAUAAUAAUAAUGUCAGAGUCUGACAUACUUCACUCUUGACCUCUGCAAGUCUUCUACAAAGUUCUGGUGAAAAUUGUUGCCUGUUAUUGGAGAUGACUUGGCUGGGGCUCUCAGAGCAUGAAAAAUAGCUUUCAUUUUAUUGAGAGCUUAUUUCCAAUGAUCAACUUCAGUGAAUUUAGGGAAAUAGUCUAUCAUCAGAAGAUAAGGGGUCUUCUCCAGAUAAGAUGGGUCAUUCCCAAUUUUCUGCCAAGUCAGUUUAGGAGGACAGCAGUCUUAAGAGGUACUGGCAGAUUUGCCUGCCUUCUGGCACCUACGUUAAAAUCUCCACCCCCCCUCUUUUUACUGCAUGAUGAUGUGCCAACCUGUGGGCAUUCUCUUGCAUCUCUGAUGGACAUGGUUCCUUUAGGCCCUGUUCCAAAUGGUGUCUGAGAGCCUGUUUGUCUGGCUUUGCAAUUUGCAUAUGGCAGUGUUUCCCAACCUUGGGCCUCCAGCUGUUUUUGGACUACAACUCCCAUCAUCCCUAGCUAGCAAGACCAGUGGUCAGGGAUGAUGGGAAUUGUAGUUCAAAAACAGCUGGAGGCCCAAGGUUGGGAAACACUGGCAUAUGUUAUUCAGAGCGAUCACUUUCUACCCUCUGUAGUGGAAGUUUCCUGUUUAAAUUCAUUCUGGAUCAGUGAUUGUUGUGCUGUUAUGUAUGAGGUCUGAGGGAACUUGAUGUUUUUCCUAUGAUGCAACAUCCAAAUUUACUUCAAACUUUGGUUUAAGUGAAUUCUGGUAAAAACUUGGGAACAAGCAAAAUGCAUCUUACAGUUUUUUCAAGAACAUUUUUCGGCUUCUCUCAAAUCCACUCAGAUUUUUCACCUUUGAAAGAAUAUUCUUCUUUAGAUAUUGAUGUAAUCAAAAUCCAGUGGUACCCUCAGGAUACAUGGAAACCAUGACUGAGAAAUUUCAUUAACCUUAUGGAAACCUUUUAUUUUUUUACCUUUUAUCAAAAUUCCUUAAAUAGCUUGCCUAGAGAGGAAUGCCCAAGUUGACUUUAAAUUUUGAUAUAUGUAAAAAAGAAUGGAUGGUGUGAUCUGUAAAAGUGGGAAAUAUAUGCUCAGUUCUUCCUUAGGUCUUGCCAUAGGCCUUAAAAGUCAAGGUAUCUGAGCACUCCUAGUAAUGGGCUAGUUCAGCCACAAUGAAAAAUAAUGGUUUCCUGCUAUGUGAAUGACCAUGAUGAGUCUUGGGCUUGCAUGUUCAGAAGCUUUCAGUUGGUUAACAAAAAUAAGCUACAAACAAACAUAGUUCUCUGUGACAUUUGAAUUGGUAAACAGUGGUUUGUUUAAACUAUGGUAAGAAAAAGGAUGGAUCAGGCCAGAGUUUCAGAUCCUUACUUGUUCUGAAACCAUAGUUUACAGUUUACAUGUUUGGUUUAAAAUAAGGAACAAACACUUCUGACCUUCUCAUGCACAAAUGAGAAUAUAUUUGGGAAGCCUGAGACUUACUGAAGCAUAUUCACAUCACAGAAAACCAGGCUCUAUCACAGCGGUGGGGAACUUGAUUUGCAUCCUGACCUCAGCCCAGCCCUAUGGGCCAUUUGUAAAAGGUUUAUUAAAUCAUGGGUGCCAUCAGUGACUCCUGCCCCUUGCCAAGGAACAACUGAGAGCCCAUCUUAAGGCAUCAGAGCUGGAAGUUUCCCACUGCUGAUUUACUGUUAUGCUGAAUUAGACCAGGUCUCAGUGAUAAAAUGAUUGCUGUUAUCUAGAUUAUCUAGGGACUGUUGCCAAGUACAUGAAGCACAAGGAACUCCACAAAAACUAUUGACAUUUCCUUAUUCAGAAAUAAGCUAAUGUGAAAAAUAAUUGCAUGUUUCCGAUUGUUGACAGUGCAAGAUCAUUUGACACUUCUGAUAAAAUAGGAUACAAUGCACGUUUCUUCAGAGUAUGCAGUUUGCAAAAGACCAAUAAAACAGGCAUAUCUGUCAGUUUAAUCAAUAUAAUGUGCCACAUGAAAAAUGCUUUCCAAUCUCAUUUUAGUCUGAAAUUUAUCUGUGGGGAUCAGAGAGCACAUUGGCAAAUUUUCAGCAUUCAACAAGCAGUUCAAUGAGCAGUUUGUAAGUGUUCUGUCAGGGUAAAACAACUUAAUGUGACAGGUUCCUGGUGACUUGUAUCAUAAUGUUCUCCUUAAAAAGUUUAUAAUAGUACUUAAUUUGGGAUAAAGUGACAAUACAGUCUGUGGAUUUAUCUUGUUGGGGAAAAGCAAGAGGAAAUGGUAUUCUAUUCUGAGCCAACAUUUUCAGAGUACAUAAUAUCAUGCGUUAUAGAUAAUGUUAUACCAAAGGGUUUCACCCAGACGUGUCCCUCCACUGAUGGAAGACUCAUUGAUCCAGUGGAGCCUUCUGUUAGUGGAAAGCAGGAAGGCAAUUUUCUCUGAUUCUAGAUUUCUAUAGCCCACUGCAGCCGUCCCAAAUUCAUAUUCAGUAUUCAUGAAUAAACCUACACAGUCCAUUCAAACAGCCUUUAAAAUUCGAAGGGAGGUGAUUAUGGGGUGGGGAGAGCUAGGUCGUUUGGAGUAUAUGAGGACUUGUAGGGGGACACAGGUGGCACUGUGGGUUAAACCACAGAGCCUAGGACUUGCCGAUCAGAAGGUCAGCGGUUCGAAUCCCCGUGACGGGGUGAGCUCCCGUUGCUCGGACUCUGCUCCUGCCAACCUAGCAGUUCGAAAACACGUCAAAGUGCAAGUAGAUAAAUAGGUACUGCUCCGGCGGGAAGGUAAACAGCGUUUCCGUGCGCUGCUCUGGUUCGCCAGAAGCAGCUUAGUCAUGCUGGCCACAUGACCCGGAAGCUGUACGCCAGCUCCCUCGGCCAAUUAAGCGAGAUGAGCGCUGCAAGCCCAGAGUUGGCCACGACUGGACCUAAUGGUCAGGGGUCCCUUUACCUUUACCUUUAGGGUGGGGAGUUGCAUAGUGCCGCUAUUUAAAUGGGAUUUACAACCCCCCAUGCAUCAGUGGAAACAAUAUUACUGUUUUCUGGACCCAAGCAAUGGAAUGUUAUUUGUUUCUUCGUAAAUGAUGUGCAUAGAUAAAAUGCCAGUCCUCCACAUUGCGUUAUAUGUUUGCAUAACUAGGAAAUAUAACCCAUAUUUGAGCCAUGCAGAUGAAGAGGUGGAGCUAUACAGGUAAGAGCAAGAGCCAUGGUUGCCAGGACUGUACUUUGUUUCAGCCAGCAACACCUGCUCAGGGAUGGGCCAGACCCAGGUCAGACACAGCUGAGAGCUGGUUCCAGGGGAGCCAAAUCCAUAAAGGGUAUUGUGAGCGGAGUCAAGUCAGGCCAGGGUCAGAUUCCAGAAAGGGAGGUCACCAGGAAGACGUCUGCUGGGCACAUGAAGUGGAAAGUCAGGUCUUAGAUAAGUAGAACAAAGAAACGCUUAGCACCAUCGUUCGUCUGGAAGUCUGACUAGUUAAACUUGAACGCUGGUCCUCCAACUAGCAAACUCUGACUGAAUCUUCUAAGUAGAGAUUUGGCUUCCUUCAGGCUAUUCACUUUUGCUUUUGUCUCCACAAAGAAAUAAGUGUCCACCUUUAAAGGGAACCUGCUUGCUUUAGGAGUCUUUGAUGAUGGGAUGUAGAGGUGGUUGGAGCAUGAAUGUGGCUUCAGAGCUGGAGUUCUUGGAUAGUAGUUGUAUCUCUUUAGGCUGAAGAUGUUGAUUAUCCUUUCUGAUGAUGGGAGUUCGGAGGUGGUGGGGACAUUGAGGACUGUUUCCAAAGCCCAGUUUGGUUUGAGAGAUUGUCUCUGCCUGCUGUCUGUGAGGACAUAAUCAGAGCCCUGUGGAAUGCAGGUGAGCAUCUAUCCCAGUGGCAUCAUACAACUUAAUAUUAUUCCAAAUUCACUUGCAUUGGAAAGUAAAGUGCAUCGUUGCAACAAGGGAAAAACCUGCCUCCUUUCCCCCACAUAUGGUGACCUUGUCUUUUUACUGUCGGGCAUUGAGAUGCAACGUGUCUCUCUGGGAAAAACAUAAGAAACACUGCACUGCUCUCAAAAUGUAAAGAAGAAGCAUUCUUAAGAAAAACUAUAUGUAAAAUAAUUAUAUCUAACGUAACAUGUAAUAUCAUUCCCAACUUAUGCUUCAAAUGGGUAGAGAUGUGUUGUGAAAAAUAUACAUAAUGUAUAGAAAGAAAGCAUGCAGAGUUCAAAAUAUUUUAAAACAAUGAAGAUUUGAAAAAUACAAUUGCAUUUUGACUAUAGAGAUUUUUUCAGUCCCUUGAAAAACAGCUAUCUCAUUUGCUAAAAAAAUAGCUUUUUAUGGCACAUAUAUUUCAAGGGUGGUUUUUACAUCUAUGAGUUAAUGAAGGUUGAGAUGUGAUUUCUGCUUAAAGAAAUAAUAUUAAAUUACUCGAACAGAUUUCAAGAUUUGAUUUUGGUCUUCUACCUAUCAAAUGAAAUUAAAUCUUUAUGAUGGAGUUACAUCCAGUUGUUAACCAAGUAUCUCUGUACUGUUUUUAAAACUGUAAUUACAUUUCUUGAAAAUUAUAAUGGUUUGAUACAAAAUUAAUUUAAACCCAUUAGUUUAACAUCUGUAAACAUUUCCAUUAUAAAUUCUCAAAACGCCACAUAUUGUUCUUGCCUGAAGAUGGUUUCCAUAUUCCCAGUGUAUCAAAUAUGAGCUGCUUAAUUUGCAUACUAUUGAUGCAAACUGAGGACAUUAAUUUAUUCCUGUGGAAAGGCAUCUCACGUCAGGAAAGAGUGGCUUUUCUCAUUUGUCUAUUUAUAUAUUAAUACUUACACAUACAUACACUGCCUACUCCUUGUUUCUUCUUUGAGAGAUCAGCAGAGACAUGGCAGAGUUUUAUGCUCGCUUGUCCCCAUUUCUCGUAUUUUAAAAUUACAUGGCUCUGUAUGGAAGUAGAACUCAUUGGUUUUCCCUCAGAUCUUGAAUCUUGCUGGAUGUGUGCUAAAAUCCAGUCAUCUUGCAUUAAAUUGUGAAGUUUUUUCUUGGUUAGGAGGCAUACUUCUUUGGUAACGUUUGAAUUUGAUAGAACUCAAGGGAGGGCCCAGCUAGUGGUUAUUUUGCACUCUGCUUCACCUCUGCUCAAUAAAGAUAUCUAGUAAACACAGUACAAAUAUAAAAAUGAUAUGUAUCCCACGGUCAGGAUAGUUUAUAUUUGCUACCAGGCAUGAGUGUUGCAAAGUAUAUCCCUACUGCCUGCAACGAAGCUGGUUUUCUGACCCAGGCUAUCUCUCAUGUCCUGAGCCACAUAAACCUGGCACUUAGCUUUAGAGUAAAUCAAGCAGGUCAAAAUAUUCGCUAAUGCAAAUGAUAUGCCCAAGAAUGGGAUUUAUGAUGUGUUACUAAUUCCAUUUAGAGAUUAUGUGACCUGAGCAGAGAGAAGACGAAGGCUGCUUAACGUUAAUGUAUUUGUUGAAACAAACAAAUAAAUAAAAGGUUCAGGGUCAGUUCACACUCUCCUAAGUAAACGGUGAAAGCACUGUGCUGGAACGCUAUGGGAAUUAGCAAGGAAUGGGGUAUGCUGCCAAAAAAACUCACAUCCUCCCCAAACACCCCAAAAAGUACUGGAUAAAAUUAGACCUUUAGGAGGGAAGCAUAUUGCAAUAGUGGAAAGGAUAAAGGGAAGAAAGAGCCAUCUAGGCAACUAGAUUUGUAGGCCAGUUGAUUUGUUGCUAUUCAUAUUAAUUUGUGGGCAUUUAUUCCCAUUAGGCCUGGGACGUGAGUGGCGCUGUGGGUUAAACCACAGAGCCAAGGACUUGCCGAUCAGAAGGUUGGCGGUUCAAAUCCCUGAGACAGGGUGAGCUCCCGUUGCUUGGUCCCUGCUCCUGCCAACCUAGCAGUUCAAAAGCACCUCAAAGUGCAAGUAGAUAAAUAGGUACCACAAUGGCGGGAAGGUAAACGGCGUUUCCGUGCGCUGCUCUGGUUCGCCAGAAGUGGCUUAGUCAUGCUGGCCACAUGACCCGGAAGCUGUACGCCGGCUCCCUUGGCCAAUAAAGCGAGAUUAGCGCCGCAACCCCAGAGUCGGCCACGACUGAACCUAAUGGUCAGGGGUCCCUUUACCUUUAUUCCCAUUAGACUACAGAUGAUAACCUUAGCGGUUGUGUGUCCAAAUGAAAAAAAUCAACUAUAGGUUAGAUUUUUACAAAUUAUCUCAGGGUUGAUGUUUGGUAUUGGUAAAAUGUUGUUAUAAGUUUGGUUGUUGUACUGAUACUCUUUUUUGUUAGUUAAUUAUGGAAUGUUCAUUUUUCUUGGUAGGAAAACAUAAUGGAAGUUAUAAGAAAUCAAGAGUUUUUAUUGUUGCCAGCAGAGGAACUCCAUAAGCUUCUUGCAAGUGAUGAUGUGAAUGUUCCCGAUGAAGAGACCAUUUUCAAUGCCUUAAUGAAGUGGGUUAAGUAUGACAUGCAAAGGAGGUGUAAUGACCUGAGUAUGUUACUUGCCUACAUCCGAUUACCACUUCUUCCACCACAGGUAAAUUGUUCUUCUUCUUAAUAAAAGCUGUAUUUUUUAAAGGCAUAAUAUUUUUUGCUUUCAUAAAUAGAGAGUUUUGAAGCAUGCAUCUUGCUCAGUGAUUUGAAGUUAUGUUUUAGUCUUGUCAUAUUUAUAAAGUCUCGGCCAGUGGCUUACCAGUUUUCUUCUGUAGACCAGGGGUAGCCUGUCCUGUUUCGCCACCUGAGGUCAAACAAGAACGUGCCACUGCCUGCCCACUACCACCGUUGAGUCCUUCCAUUUCUGUCAUUGCCACUUGUCUUCCGCCAUGGGGUGGGGAGAUGAGUGGCAACACUGCAGUUGGGAAUGACCCAGCUCACGCUGAACUUGGCAAGAUCCAAGACGCUCCUCAAAACAUGCAAUUUCUCUUCCUCCACCUAUGGAUGAAGAGGCACAGUAAGGAGGAAACAGGGUGUGGGGCAUGACAGCCCCAGGGGUGGGGAAAAUGAGCAGCUUCUAUAGUUGACUAAUUCUUUGCAUCAGGCCCUCUUGUAUUUGGAGUAUUAAUGACAGAAGUAGUGGUAGUUGCCUUUAAGUCAUCUGAAGAAUGUGUUGGUAGUAGUUUCUUAUGCAGCUCAUUGAAAAUCAGCUGUAUAAAGAUUAGAAGAAAAUUAUCUUUGCUAUAAGACGGCUGAGCUGUUAUGACUGGUCUCCCUCUCUGCCAUCAUUAAUAAAGUUGGCACUUAAUUUUGCCUAAAAUGAAAUUUCAAUAAGAAUUUGGAUGUUCUCCUAGGACAAAAUAUUUGAGGAAGUUUAAAGGAAGCAGAAAGUGUUUCAGGUUGAUAGACAGACAUGGAUUGGCUCUGCUACACAAAGCUCCCCACACCUUACAUUUCCCCCUCAGUAAGCACCAGUGGUGUGAUGUGUUUGGAAGACAGGAGAGCAGCAUUGUCCUACCUGUGCACAGGCUGAUAAUGUGGGUUGACCAAAGAUCCAACUAAUCUAACAUCCUGUUCCCCAGAAUUACCAGACAUAUUCCUGUGGGAAGCCCCAAAGCAUGUCAUGAAGACAAACCCCCUCUCUUACUUUAGGUCCCCAUGGAUGGGUAUUGAGGCAUGCUGCCCCAAUUGCAGAACGUUUUACUUAACUUUGAUGUCUACUAGCCAUACAUAGCUGUCUUCUCCAUGAAUUUGUCUAAUCGCCUUUUAAAAAUCCAUCAGUUUGCAGCCCUAGUAGUUAAUUAACUAUGGGGCUGGUAGUUUAACUAUGUGCUGCAUGAAUAAAUACUUCCUUUUAUUUACCUUACUUGGAUAACCCCUGGUUCUAGUAUUUUGAGAAAGAUGUCUCUAUAUAUUUUACACACUUCUUUCAUGUCUUUAUUCACAUCUUUUCUAAACCAGUGUUUCUCAAACAGUGGGCCUUGAGCCACUUUCAGGUGGGCCAUGGUGCCACAGUCUGCCAUAGUUUUUUGGUUGGACCAACGCUAGCACCAGCCAUUCCUCGCAUAGUAUUUGCCUCAUUCACAGCUGCUGCUUAAUGGGUUGGCAUUUUUACUGAGCUUUCCAUCAUGUCCCCAAGAUUUCUUGCCUCAGUCCCGAACCCUCUCAGUCCCGAACCCUCAACAGAUUAAAUGACACCUGAGACUAGCUUGGGCUGAAACAGGCCACAACUUUAUUGAAUACAGAUGAAAUUCCUCCCCCCGCCCCUUCUCUCUCCACCCCCAUUAGCUCAUAUGGAUUUCUGCAUUGUCACAUCUGUUGAUUUGCCUUCUGUAUUGAAAAUAUCCUGCUCGAUAAUUAAAUUGACUUUGCAUUGCUAGUCCAAGAGGAUCUGACAGCUUUUGAGCUAAUUUCAUAGUCGUGUAAAAAAUUGUAAUCAUUUGACAUCUGAUGGCAUCACUUUGCUCAAUAACUGAGUGACAGGGAAGAACCUGAACCACCAGAAAUGUCAGUGUUUUUUCAGAAUUUCAUGUACUGUUCUUCCACUAAGUGCAGUUAAUGUGAACUCUUUGUACCUGUCACAAAUGCUAUUGAGAUAAAAAAAGGUACUGGCAGUUUAAUUCUAAAGCUAUCAAAAUUCUUUGUCUUAUAUAUACACAAUUUGACCCAAAUGGCCAUUCAUUUCAUGGCCUUAUCAGUGGAAAUAUUGAAUAACUGACAUGCUGUUUUUAAAAUAAUAAAAAAACUAGUAUAGAAGUUUAUGGUUUUUUUAAAAGGAAUUUGAAGCCACAUCUCUUUGAAUAUAAAAUGCCGAAUUAAUGUAACUGAAUUAGUAACGAAUCUUAAGUACUGUAGUUAAUUCUAGUUAAUUUCUUUAGUUAAUUCUGGGGUAUCAGUACAUCAGAAUAAUAUUUUGAUAAGGACUUUUCUCUCUACCGACGGUCCCGUUUACUGACAGCAGUACAAUUGCAGUAUCAGUGAAGUCAUUUGCCCAGGCAGGCACAUUAUGUAACCCAUGAUAACAGCAAAAUAAUAAGACUGUGCAAUGGUGAUGGGAUAAAAUCAGGCCAAAUCUUUAUUGACAGCCGCAGGCAGGGUAUUUUGCUGCAAUCUAUGGGUCACAGCGCCACUGGACAAAGGCGUCCCUUGCUUAUUGGACACAGAAAAGGCAAUUUUUUAUGCAGGGUGCAUAGUUCUUUUCAUUGCUGGUUUUUUCUUUCUUUCCAUAGCCAAAAUUAUUCUAGAAGGCCAAGAUAGGGCCUGUUUAUUUAUGGCUUUAGAUGCAGUAAAACUGGGAGCAGCCUUUAAGGUCCUUCUAACUAUUACCCUCAUUGCAGGUAGAAGGCAAUGAGUGCAAUGGGGAUUCAACACUUGAAUGCACAAUCGUUCCUCUUCACUCAGUAAUUUCUAUCCAUGGAAAGAGGAGCAGGGAGAGGACGCAAUUAACAAGGAUAUAUAAGCUACCUGUGCAGCUAGAGGAAUUUUUCUGAGCCAUCAAUAGUGUGGGAUAUAUCUAAACCUCAGGUGGAAGCCCAUUCCACAGCUGUCUGAAGGCAUUGUGUCACUUGUAGGAGUCCUGACAGCCUUUCUUGAACAUACUCUCCACUAAAUGUUUGGGGCAAGCUACAUGUUAACGCUAGGUACAUAGCUGUGCUUUUACGUUCAGGGUGCUUUUCUUAACUCAGAUUGCUGGUGUGGGCAGCCUGAUCUGGAUCAGGGCCUUAGAACCCACUGCUAUGGUUCAGGCUUGUAAUUUGCAGAUCUUCCAUUGAAGUGACAUAUUCUUUUCAAAGCAAAUGGCAUACACAGGAUACUCAGAGCCAGAUCAGGAGGAGAUAAAGGGUUAAAGCCCCCAACCCUUAUGCUAGGGUCUUGAACCUGCCCUGAGUACUGGAAAUUUGUCCUUAGAAGAAAAAUGCCCCCUGCUCUAAAUGGAUCUGUCCAGUGGCUUGGGUAAAAAGUAUAUUUUUUCACUAACCUGUCCUAUGUUUAGCAGACUAGUGAAUAAGCACUAAAGUGUUCAACCUUUCUGGUGAUAUGCAUUGUGGGCCCAGGUAUCGCAACUAUCAGUCCCGAACCCUCAACAGAUUAAAUGACACCCGAGACUGGCUUGGGCUGAAACAGGCCACAACUUUAUUGAAUAGAGAUGAAAGAGGUUGGGCUUGGGUAUAGCGUGUAUAGAAAUGUAAAAGGACAAGAAAACAAAACAAAUAUUAUUUCCAACUAUUGUAAAUCACAAGGGGAAUUAGCUGGCAAAAAUGUGUACAAUAAUUAACAAUGUUUUAAAUUUUUGCCAACCAUCUGUGAGUCCCUUUGCCAUCUGAGAUGUGACAGAUACCUGAAAAAGGACCUUUUCUGCCACCCCAUCUUUAGAACAUUGUCUCCCAGGAGGCUUGCCUGGCACUGAUUCUGCUUUUUCUUUAGUGAAAGAUAAAGACUUUUUUUAUUCUCUAGACUAGACUUUUUAAUGUGUUGCAGUCCAGCUUCAAAAAAGGUGUGAGGUUUUUUUUCUUCAUUACUUUUCUUCAUUGUUUUAUUGCAGAAUUUUUGGUAUUGAUACUUACUGUUUGAAUAUUUUUAUGAAAGCUGCUUUGUGGUUUUCCCCCUGAAAAACAGCACACAAUAAAAUACUCUGAACAAACACAGAUAAAUAAAUAAUUUCUGUGAUGUCUAGCAAUAGAACAAACAUCAGUACAAAAACAGCAUAAAACUCAAACAGGUAACACCACUCAGCAGAUGCAGUUCAUCAGCUAGUAUCAGGGUAAGAAAACAGCAGCAUUUUAAUUGUCUUCUGAAAAUCAUCAGAGAGGAGUCUGACAGAUGGAAGAGGGAGAGGAGAGACGAGACUCCAUGACUGAAAAGGUUCUGUCUCUUGUUGCCAUCCAGCUCACCUCGGGAAAAAUGAGGUGCAUUUUGAAUCUCUUAAAGAUGAUUUUAGUAGCUGGGCAACAUACAGGAUUCCGUGGUCCUCUAGGUACCUCAGUCCCAAGUUGCUCCAGAAUUCAUACAUUACAAUCAACACUUUGAGUUGUGCUCUGAAACAAACUGGAAGCUUGUAUAGUUCUGUUAAGAAUUGGCAAAGUGUGUUCCUUUUAUUGAUACCAGUUAGCAGCCCAGCUGUAAUAAUAGUAGAUUCUGAACCAUUUUCAAAGGCAACCCCAUGUAAAACACAUCAAGUGACUCUGCCAGUGUUCCUCCACAGCCCUGACCUCUCCACUCUUAUUGCCAGCCAUCCUGGUAACUGACAGCGACUCCAGUUUUGGGAGGGCAGCUCCAUUCCAGAUCCCCACUGUGUCAGCUGCUCCUGAAUCUCACAAUAGAUUCUAUCAGGACCUGUAUUGAUAAUUUCCUUUCUGAUCUGCCUUUCCUCCCACUUGGGUAUCCAGAGCAGUAUAGAGCAUCGUUAAAAUACAGUCAAUUCCAAAACAUUGCAUUAAAUCCAAUAAAAGUUCCCUACAUUCAGCAGAACCUAACUUAAGACUGAAACAACAUAUUUCAACUGCUGUGUCCCCAGGAUAUUUACUUCCAAAAGUCUGGAUGAACACAUAUGUCUUUAGCUGAUGCCUAACAGUUGCCAGAGGGAUGCAGGUGGUGCUGUGGGUUAAACCACAGAGCCUAGGGCUUGCCGAUCAGAAGGUCGGCGGUUCAAAUCCCUGUGACGGGGUUAGCUCUGGUUGCUCGGUCCUUGCUCCUGCCAACCUAGCAGUUUGAAAGCACAAAGUGCAAGUAGAUAAAUAGGUACUGCUCUGGUGGGAAGGUAAACGGCGUUUCUGUGUGCUGCUCUGGUUUGCCAGAAGCGGCUUAUUUAUGCUGGCCCCAUGACCCAGAAGCUGUCUGCGGACAAAUGCCGGCUCCCUCGACCUAUAGAGCUAGAUGAGUGCGCAACCCCAGAGUCGUCCACAACUGGACCUAACAAUCAGGGGUCCCUUUACCUAACAGUUGCCAGCAAAAGGGGCUAAUGCCCUUCCUAGGGAGGGAAUGCCAAACAUGAGAAAGUACUGUAAGCACGGCCCUAGACCUGCCCCCAUUGGCAGAACCAAAAGCAGGGCCUCCCUUGCUAAUGGCAGGGCAUGGGCCAGAAGAUUUAGGGCUGGUGGUAAUCCUGAAAGUAUAAUACGUGAUUGUGGCCUGGUCUCAUUUUUCCAAGAAAGACCAAAGCUGAAGAAUCAGCCAGAUAUGAUAAAAGGUGCUAUAAACUAGAGAGGAUACCUGAGCAUCUAUCCAUAAAGUCGGAUCUAAUAACAUGCCAAGCUACAUACCAUCUCUAUUCAUGGUCAGGCUGGUGUGGUGGGAAGUUUUCCUUCAUAUACCCUAGACCCAAGCAGUGUGGGACUUUAAAAGUAAGCACCAGCAUUUUAAAUUGAGUUUGGAAAUGGAUAAGAAGAUGUUGCUGAAUCCAAGACAUAUGUUCCCACAAACUGUUCCUAGUGAAUAGUAAAGCAACUAUAUUUUACACUAGCAAAAGUUUAGCCUUCAAAGGCAUGUAAGCACAUUGCAGUAAUCAAAGCUAGAGGUUAGUAGGGCAUGGAUAAGUAGCCAAGCUGUCUCUGUCCAAAAAGAGAUGCAGCUGGUGAAGCAGUCUUGGCUCGUGAAAAGGUUACUGGACCAUUGAUAAAACCUGGACUUCCAGUGACCUUGUAUGAGGAAUACAACCACAUCCAGAACUGCUUGAACCAAUGGUUAGAUGAACGACCUUCCAUCAAUCCUUCCAUCUUCUUUGGACUGAGAGUCAGUUUAUUCAUUUCCAUCCAGUCCAUUACCAAUUCCAGACACUGUUCAGCACAUUGACUGCGUCAUUUGGAAAACCACAUAUUACACAUACUACUUGGAAGUCCUACUGUGCUCUGAGGGCUUAUUGCCUAGUAAGUAUAUUUAAGACCACAGCCUCAGACAUAACAGAAAAUUGGGUGUCAUGUCUUUGAAAAGUCAGUUAUCAUAUAGCAUAUUCAUUUAUUUAAGCUCUACCACAAUACAGGCAUUCUUUUACAGAUAUUCUAGUGCUUAUGCAAAAUAGUAAUAUGGCAUGACAAUACAGAAAUUUAUUCUUCAGGUAACUAUUUUAGUAUGUGCAAAAAUAGAAUUAUUUUACUCUCUGAUUUCCUUCAAGUGUGGCUUUUGUAAUAAUUUAUAAUAUAUUUUCAUUCAAGGUAAAAACAUAAUGUGAAAUAGUCAGUGGAAUGAAAACCAAAAAACUAAUCCAGAUAAAUUAUUAUUGCAUUUUUAAAAGAAUUUUACUUUAAACUGAGAUUACUUAUGUAAAGUGUUACAUUUUAAAAUCUUAGCCACAUAAAUCCACUUAAAGCUUUCAAUGGAAAAAUGCCAGCUUUUAAUUAAAAUAGAUUCAAGAAGGGAUUGAGAAUAAUUACACUGGAUUUAUUUUACGGCUAGCGAACUAAAUCAGAAUAUUGGUUAAGGUGAGACUGGAUCAAUUGGGAUAGGAAAGGUAAUUUGCAUUUCUAAUUCAUGCUAUGUCAUUGUGCAAAGAUUUCCUCAUAUGGAUCCUUAAACUUCUCUAGAAUGGAAUCUCAUGAGAUGACCUGAAAAGAUGAAGGGGGGAAAAAUACAUUGACGAACGUUCCUGUUACAAUAAUGUGAUAUUUUGGGGGAAACAAAAUGGAAGUUUUAUUUUAAAUGCUAUAUAUUCAGUAGGCCAUGCAACUCAAUGGGAGCACCUGGGAGUAAGCCUAAUGGACCUCAGUGGAGCUUGCUUCUGAAUUGAUAUGCAUUGAAUUGUGCUUUUAGUAUUUACUCCUUCUGGGUUGCAUCCAGCAAAGUCAUAUUGUUAGCACAUGGACUUCUGCUUGGGCAACAGAGCUUCCCCCUUCUUCUCCCCACUGCCCCCUCAGAUUCCACAACAUUUAGGAGUAAAUGAGCUCUACUGACUUCAGUGGCCAACUAAGCACAAGAAUUUUCAGUACAAAACACUUUGUAAAAUUACAUUUCAAAUUGCCUUUGCUAACGAGUCUCAGAUUGUGUGUUCUCAUAUUAUUUAUAUAGUGAUACAGCAUUUUAAUACCAAAUAUAGUAUGUAUUUUAUUUUGUUAUGCAGCAGCAGAAUGAUAUCUAAUCACAAAACAAUAUUCUUAUGCCUAGGGCACCAUCCCUUGAUUGAUUUUGGAUGCCUUGCUUAAGUUGCUGUAGAGUGCAACAUAUCAAUUAGAGUAGUUGAAAUCAUGAAGAAUUAUAAUAUAGACUGUUAAAGGACCAAAGCAUAUUGAAAGAUUCCUUACUUAUUUAAAUAUUAUGUUAAUAGUGUAAUGAUUUGAAUAAUUUUGUUCCAGAAGUUGAUUUUAGAAUCAUAUAAAGGAAAAUCUAAACUUGGAAUAGACAAGAUGUACGUUGGCUCUUAAUCGAGUUGCUGUUUGUACAUUCAUAAUUUAACAAUUAUCUUCAUUGUCUGCUACAAGCAACACUGACCCUGUUUAAUAAAAGAAUUAUAAACAGUGAAUAAAUGAAAACUCAUCUGCAAUAAGUAAGAAAAUGAAGUUUGCUGAGGAGCAGUAAUUGGUUCUUGGAUGCCACCAAAGCAUUAGCAAUCCGUCAUUCUCUUGGUUUUUUAUUUAUUUUAAAUUUAUAGUAUUUUCAGAACACUGUGUAUGGGCCACAGUUUUCUCCUCCUCUUCCUCCUCCUCCUUUUCUGUGCACCAGUACAUGGGUACAUUGAUUAGAUCACAGUGCAAGUGGAACUCCUGAUUUAACUCUGCAAUUGAAUCAAGAUAUGAGCUGGUGUUUGAGGGUGACCUGAGUAAAAAUUACAAAUAAACCAAAAACACAUAUGCUAACUAGAAACACAAUAAUUAUAUUUUCUUUUAACUAAAAAGAAAUCCCAUGAGUCUUUCCCAUGAGCCUCUGCCAUCACCACUGCCUCACUGAAGGAGAAAGCGGACAGAACCACACACCACACACACUGUUUGUAAGAACAUGAGCCUUGCAGAAUCAGGCCAGUGCUGAUUCAGUCCAGCAUUCUGUUUUCACAAUAGCCAACCAGGUGCCCAUGGGAAGCCUUGCCUCAGCUGUCAUUCCCAGUAACUGGCAUUCAGAAGAAUACUGCCUCCAACAGUGGAAGUAGAAGAACAUAGACAACUUGGUAAAUGGCCAUUGAUAUCCGCCAUGACCUUGUCUAGUUCUCUUUUGAAGCCAUUCAAGUCAGUGGCCAGCACUACUUCUUGUGUGAGUUUGUUGUCUAUCUCAAGAGACAAUGGAAGAGUGUGCCACCAGGUCUAAAGUCAAGUCAUUGGAGAAUUACAAAGCCUGCAGCGACUAUAGAGAGCUAUAUGGGAGAGACAUGUUUUAUUGCAGAUGGGGCAUGUGAAGAUGCCUGGUUUCGCUGGUGCAGAUGCACCCUGGUAUUUCUUCUCUCUAGUCUCCUUCCAGCAGUCAUUCCUCCUCUGGUCAUUGCUGUGGAUACACAGCCUCACUGUCUCUCUCAAGAGUUUCAGUGUUUUUUGCGCAAUGUGAUUGCAUCAAUGUCAGUUGCUGCUUUGGAAGAAUUUAGGGUGGCCGGUUGGAGUUAGUUAGAAAUGUGAAAAUAUGACAGUGUCUAAAAAGUCAGUAUUUUCAUCCAACUUCAUUCUUUUGUGUAUGUGUACUCUGGGAGCACUGUUGGCAUUAAAUCAAACACUUUUAGUUGUUUGUAGUAAGUUUUGAGCAUUUUGUAUUAGAAAGGACGAGAGCAGAAGAUGUCUGCAAGGCUUAACUUUUGUGAACACGCCUAAGCCGGAUUUUUGUCAGAAUGUUGAUAUGGAUUGGAAUAACAAAUAACUACUUAGAAUGCAUUGCGGAGCUUUUACAAAAGCAAUGAUUUCCCCCCAGAUAAUAAGAUACCCUAUUAACCUCAAAAGAAUAUAACCAGUCAACUAGCUGAUCAGACUGAAGUGCUGCGAGAAAAGGUCGAGCAAGUGUUUUGCACUGGCUGGAAAGUAUUGGCAGGUUGCAAGAGAAUUUUCACUGAAAGGCAUCAAGAAAAUGACUGACUAAACUCAAUGGGUUUAUAAUCAAUCUACCUUGUCUUAUCUAAAGAGGUUUAGAAGAUAUUGUGUUAGAUAUCUGUUAGAAGAGAUUAUCAAAUUCCUGCAAUGUAGACUCAGUAGACUGCAAAGUGUUUCAACAAGAAUAUGGUUUAAAAGUUCUAGUCAGUUCUAGCCCAUUGUUAGGAACUGACAUUUCUGAGAAACCUUCAUUCUUAGUUUCUUUAAAAUGCACCUUGAUCUGAAUAAAUUUGAAGUUGUAACCCACUGUAUGUAGUACAGUGGCUAUUCUUUUCAGCUGUGUUACUGAUACAAAAUAUCAAAAUGGUUAAAUGAUUUCUACCCCAACAUAUAAAGUGAAGCAAUUAGGCCCAUCACAUGGAGAAUAAAACUUCAGAUAAAUUAACCUCAUUUGUCAUGUAUGUAAAACCUACAUCUUAAGAAACAGAUUUAAACACAUUUUAAGUGGAGCAUUAUACUAUGCCUCAAUCCUAUCUAAAACAAAGUCUAUUUUGAUUUGAUUUUGAAAUAAUUUACCAACUAAAUAUAGGGUCUGACUUUGAAAAGUCUAUCUGCAUUCAUAGGUGCAAAUUGAGGUAUUGCUUCAGAAAUUUUCAGAAGACACAAUUCUGAACCCCAAUAAAGUUUUUUGGGGGAGAAAUGCUUGCCAUGUUGGGUGAGGCUUCCUUUCCAUCAAUCUCCCCCCCCCCUUUAGUGGGAUUUUUAAAAAGCACUUUAAAUGUGUAUCUGUCUUCAACCUUUACUAAUUAAUGAAUUUACAGUAUUUCCACACUAUCUUGUUUUAAGCUAAACAAAUUGUGAUAUUCAACUAAGUUUACUCUGAGUGAACCUAUUGAAAUUAAUGGCCCCAAUUUAUUCAUAUUCAUUAAUUUAAAUAGAUUGACUCUUAGUAAAACUUAGCUGAAUACAACCCAUACAUAGGAUUUCAUUGAAUACCAGUUAAUCUCAUGAAAAGAUAAUCUUUCAACAUCUCUUCUGCUUAUCUUUCUUUGAGUGUUGUUAACAUUUUGUCCAUAUUUUCCUGCCAUUAGCUUAUACUAGUCAUGCCUCCUCUGUUGAUAAACAAAUUGACUUGCAUUGGUUAUGCACAGCAACGAAGAAUUUCAUUGUCCUUGAAUCAUUCAACAUCUGCAUCAACUGCUUUCCAGUGCAGAGAAGAAUUCAGUGUGAACAUGUUGCAAUAAAUGGAUGCAUUUUGUUUCUUGGUUUUAAAACUGGAUUCUCAUGCUUUUGUUUCAACGACUUUCGUCCUUUUUAAUGACCAAGCAUAGGAUUUGGUGAAAUGUUUACAAUGGUGCCACAUUGGGAAUGGAUGAAGGCAUCUAUGGAAUUCCUGUCUGCACAAUGUGAUUAUUCUCAAUAUUUUUUCCAAGCCCAGACAGAACGAUUCUUCUUCUUCUUCUUUAAUAGAAUCUCUAAUUCUGUUAAAGUAAUUCUACCAAUAAGUACACUCUUCUGCUUGCAUUUUCUAUGUACAAAACACUUGGUAAGGGUAAAACAACACAUUAUAUUAAAUGUGUGGCUGUUAGCACUUAUGGAGAGCUGCAUGUUUCUUCUCUUCCAACUAUAACUCUAAGGCACCUUAGCCAUUUCCUCCAGAAAUUCUGUUGCUCUGCUUUCCUACGACACAUAAUUGGCUGCUGGUGACAGGGAAUGCUGUCAAACACACUACAUUGUGAUGUCAGGAUGUGUAAGUUGUGUCUUAGACAGACAGAGAGAGAGAGAGAGAGAGAGAGAGAAAUAUACUGUUCUUUCUGUUGAUUGAAAAAUUGUCAGAUAGAUGCAGAUACAUUCUUGUAUUACUUAUUUCUGAACAAGCUAUUUACUCAACUCCCCUGGGGAUGCAUAGCAUGGAGGGGAAGUUUAUGAUAGAGCUAGGGCAGCAGCUAAUUAAAUUUUAGUUAUUCCAUGCAACACUUUGGGAAGAUGAAAUGUACAGGGGCGGGAGCCCAGUAUUUGCUUUGCUGACUUAUUGAACCAACAUUACAGGUUAAUUUCCUGUGUAGGAGAUUUUUCUAGCAUCAGCCAUAUUUUCUAAAUUUAUCUAAGGCAGAUAGUAAAACAAGUUAUCAGUUUUGACUAUUUUCUGAGAAAAUGUGUACGCUUCUGUUAUUGUGGCUAUUAUUUUUAAAGUUACUACAAGGAUUGACAUUCGCUCCAAGGUUGCCUUUCUGGAUAUAUGAGAAUUAAAUUAAUUUGACCUCAUGUUUCUUAAGCAUCAUUUGGUAGCAUUGUGACCCAGUAGAGAAUGUUCCUGUUUGCACAUAAUGGUAAGCUGUGCUCUAAAACAAACCAUGAGUUAUCUGCCACAGAUAACAAGCAUGCUGGUGCACACUGCUCUGCGGCAUGUGCAUUCUCUCCCUAUGCCUUGCCAGGACGAAGUGUUAGUUUAAUAUUACAUGUCAACCAUGGUUUGCUUUCCCCAAACAUACUACAAGUGCUGGUUUCUACAUAAUCCGAAGACAGUGCUAUAGUUUGUUUCCUUCCAGCAUGGCAGUGGUGGGGAGGGAGGCAAAUGCAACUGAACAGCUUAUUUAUUUAUUUAUUUAUUUUUUAAAAAAUCAUUUUAUAACACAGAUAAACAACACAGAGAGGAAAACAAACAAUAGAAACAGAUUCUUGUCUUAUCCUUAUUUUUUCUAAACAUUGUUAGGUGGGCUUCCCCAAGUCCCCCCUAUCUGAUUUUCAUUUUACCUCAUCUUUAGCAGUUUACAUAUACCAUAAUUUCUAACCUUUUUUUUUAAUCACACUUACUUUAACCAUAAAAAUCUUCACAUUUUAUCACUUGCAAAUAAUACUAUUUUAAAAUACACUGUCUUCUACUUCUAACCCUACAGCCUAAAUCCACUUCCAAAGCUAGUCUAAGAUUUAAAUAUUAACAUAUUUGUUCAAAUAUUCCUUAAAUUUCUUCCAAUCUUCUUCCACCGUCUCUUCUCUCUGGUCUCGGAGUCUCCCGGUCAGUUCGGCAAGCUCCAUCAUCUUCAUCUGCCAUUCUUCUGUAGUUGGUAAAUCUUGUUUCUUCCAAUUCUUCGCUAGCAAUAUUCUCGCAGCUGUUGUGGCAUACAGAAAAAAAGUAACAUCCUUUUUGGGAUUUCACCCCCCACUAUACCAAGUAAAAAGGCUUCUGGUUUUUUAAUAAAUGUGUUUUUCAACACUUUUUUCAGUUAAUUACAAAUGCAACUGAACAGCAUAAACUAUGGUUUACGAUAAUGACAAUCACACUUUACAUUGUGAGUGCCUUUUUGCGGGAUCGCGCGUGGUGCUACAGUUCCCAGGGAGCUUACUGACAAAUGGGCUGGCUUGCCUCUCAGUGUUAAUUUUUGGAGGUUCACGCCCAGCCUCAGCAGUCAAGUUUCUUGCUGGGAGGUGGGGCCAGCCCCAUUUAUAAAUAGGGGGUGGAGCUGAAAUAGCCAGGCAGUUGGCUCUGGAGAUUCACCCUCCCUACCCUCCCUUUGUUUAAUGUUUCUUGUUUGCAGGUUAACUUUUUCUUCCUGUUUAGCGGGCGCUGCUACGGUCUUUGACUGGUUGCUGUUGAAGGACUGGGAAGAAAUUUUCCUGCAUUGGCAGGUUUCGUUUUCCCUGUAGCAAUUCGUCACAACUUUGACGGUUAUGGCCUUGGGUGGAAUCCUUUAGCCUUUUCUUCCCUAUUGGGGGGGAGCGUGAAGUGGUGACUCACCCCCCUGCAGUGGCGAUUCCAGGGUCCCCUCUUAAAGGGGUUAUAUAUAUGGGUGUCACUGGCCAUACACUGAAAGGUUGCCAGUGAACUACCCUGCGUGCGGGGAUAUGGGCUGGGCUGCCUGCUACACUUACGUCUCGCAGAGCACCCCAUAUCCUAUUUACCCUGAUGAGCCCCAGUUCCCCCCGGCUGUGGGGCUGGGAGGGAUACACUCCCAAGGCCUAAGCCAAGGUUUUCCUACAUUCGGAAGUUUAAUAAAGUUGUGGCCUAAUUUUAAUUCCAUAUAAUGUUGUCAGAGUCUUUAUUCCUUUCUUGUGAUCCCUGGGGGCUGGGAUUGGGGCUGUUGCCACCUGGUCAUGCAAUGUGUAAACCAGGUUAGUAUGUCUCACAUGAAUUUGAUACCGGGAAGUUCAAGUCUCUGCUUAGUCCUUAAUUCAUUGUCUGAACUUUUAUUUUCACUGUAUACCCCAUACACACCAUACAGCAUCUGUGUAACUCAGUGAACAGAGCAUGUUGAAGAUAGACUGGGGGAAUACAUAUUCAAACGCUGCUUAGCCUUGAAUCUGCAUCCCCCAGCCCAAGUCCUAUUCAUGUCACUGAGGUUUGUGCAAGCAGAACUCUCCGGGAGUUGGGCUAUAAGGAAUGGGAUGUCAUUACUAAAUCACAACUCAUAUCAUUCACAGAUUUUAGCUGACCUAGAAAACCACGCACUUUUUAAAGAUGACCUGGAAUGUCAGAAGCUGAUUCUGGAAGCCAUGAAAUACCAUCUCUUGCCAGAAAGACGGACUCUUAUGCAAAGCCCAAGAACUAAACCAAGAAAAUCCACAGUUGGGACCCUGUAUGCAGUUGGAGGAAUGGACAACAACAAAGGUACUAAUUAACAGUUAUUGAUUUGAUAAAGACAGUUGGCAGAAUAGUCCCCAUCGCCCAUCUCUCCCUAGGAGUGACUGGAAUCCUUCAUGCAGAAAGAAAUCUACAAUGUAAAUUGUAUUGUGGGCUAAACGGUAAAAUCUCUUUUAAUCUCAAUAAAUAAUUGAGUAGUUUAAUAGGAAGGGCAGAAUACUGAUUGCUCUUCCAUCAGGUCUUUCCAUCUGCUGCAUUGUUAUAGAAGAAGAAACACCAAGGGAGUUAGCUGGGUCGCAAAAUAAAAAUGUUUUUUUUUAAAAAAAGUAAUAAUGUCAGACACACUGUGAUUGAAAAGGUGGGGAGGAGAGAGAAAUCCUGGAUUCAAAGCCCUAGGUUAUCUCAGCUCUCAAUGAAUCAUUGUCUGGAGGUGAACACAGGGAAAAGAAAACUUUAAAAUAACCCAAGCAGGAAAUUCAACUAUAAAAAAAUCAGACACUAUAGUAAUGGGAAGAGAUAAAAGCUGAUUUACUGAAACAUUAAUUUCAAAUAUCCUAUUCCUUAAUCUUACGAUUAAAUCUAAAACUAUCAAACAAAUGAGAUUUUGAUAAACACAUAAACUGGAUGUCCUGUGGGUAUAGGACGAGUUACAAAAGAAGAAGAAGAAGAAGAGUUUGGAUUUGAUAUCCCGCCUUUCACUCCCUUUAAGGAGUCUCAAAGCGGCUAACAUUCUCCUUUCCCUUCCUCCCCCACAACAAACACUCUGUGAGGUGAGUGGGGCUGAGAGACUUCAAAGAAGUGUGACUGGCCCAAGGUCACCCAGCAGCUGCAUGUGGAGGAGCGGAGACGCGAACCCGGUUCCCCAGAUUAGGAGACUACCGCUCUUAACCACUACACCACACUGGCUCUCCCCCCAUACUUCCCCCCUUAGUAUUUGUAAAGGUGGACAAAUACUCAUAGGUCUAUGGCUUCAAUCGCAAAAGGAUUCCUUCUUAAUUGUCAAGACAUAUGUGGGCAACAUCCAAUGAUGUCUGUCCGCUUGCUCAGUGGGACUAAUGGUUUCUCUUCUCCCCACUUAGCCCUCAAAUAUGCUCUGGAGGGUCCUUCGCAUCCCAACCUUUAUCUUUAAUCAGUUUUUCUUUAUCCAUAAGUGUGCGCAAAGUGAGUAGAAUUUUGUUCCUGUUAACUUCAUCAGGAUGGCAUUCAGGAAGAGAAAAGACAGAUUGCAAAAGUUACUCACUAUUAGGUACUACUGAAGGAGCCACAUAAGAAUGGUUGAGAUGACAACAGUGUAUGACGUGUCAUCGUCUUAAGGUUGCCAGGAAGCAGUAGCAGAACCUCAGACGUAUUAAGUGAACAGCCUGGGCAUGUAUGCAUUGCUAGAAAUUUGUCAUGCCUGUGGUCUUAAGAAUAAAAUAAAGGUACCACGUCAUACUCUGGGUCCAUCUCUUUCAGUUUUGUUGGCCAUAGCAGUGGUUCUCUAGGGUUUCAGGAAGGACUUCUGCCCUAGACACCAGCAGUUGAACUUGGGACCCCAAAGGUAGAGUCAAACUUCACGGAGUCCUUCUUGGCUGAGCCAACCUAAGCAGAGGGAAAGCAAGCCUUUAAAAUAGUGUUUUGAGUCACACCACACCUUUACUGGCUUACCUGGCUCAGGGAUGCCAGGUCACAUGACUGAGUUGAAUGCUUUUAAGAUCCAGCCUGAGACGCUCCUCUCUGGCCCCACCCCUGCCAUGCCUCCAAGACACCCACUUUUUCAAGACUUAAUCUGGUUUAGGGUCCGCUCAGCUAGCAGGGUGCCAGCUUAGUUGGGACAGGGGAGAUAUGCUGUUGUACCUCCAGCUGGGCUGGAAACCACCUGGCUCAGCCAGAGAUCUUCUGGAUCCUCACUCUGCUCAUCACAGCGGAUCUUGCUAUAGAAUUGCUACUUAAGCCUGCAUAGGACCGCAGCCUUAAAAUAGUGUACUGGUGACAAUUCAUUUCUAGCACAGUAUUACGUAUUGUGAUUUGCUGACACAGCUCUUGGUGCUCAAGCUGCUGAUCAAGCUAAAAGUCAAGGAGCAUGUUGAACAUGGGUGUUUUAAUUAUGUGUGGGAGUGUUACACAAAUUUUCAUUUUGCCAUUAAUUGCGUGUCGAGGUCCCCAAGCCACUCCCCAAUAACUCACACAUCACACAUCAAUUAUGGUUUGGGUUUUUGGCACGAUUUUGGCCACAACUUUAUUUAAAUACAUCCAAGUGAGUGGUUGCUUAGGCAUUGGUUCUGACUAUCUGUCCUUGCCCAGGGGACAGAACUGACUUCCGGAUUCCAGUGAAAGCCAGUGCGGGAAACAACUUUUGGGGAGAAAAUGAAGCUGGGCCUCAGUCCCUCACUUCUCACCCUCAUGCUCCUGGUGGCUUGCACGUCCCAAGUCCAAUGCCAGGAACAAGGACGAAAAAAAUGGCAAGCCCCUGGAUUCCUUUAACGGAAUUCCCUUUCCGCACCACCAUUGGAGGGGUAGGCACUUACCCCUCCACCAACCAAUUUGAACCAAUGCCUAACCGCCAACCUUACAAGUUGUGACGAUUUGCUACGCAGUAGGCAAAACCAAAUGGCACCAGCCAAUCAGCCAAAUGGACAAAUUCCUACCAGGCCCCUGCCUCAAAGCAGACAACCCCAUGGCAGGCAUAGCAAGGUCAAGCGAACAACCCCUCCAAUACAGGGAGGGUGGGUGGGUGAUCCGGUGCUAGCAGCCAAGAGAACGCUCAAAGUUGGGCGACCAGUAUUUAAAACCUCUGACUCCUCCUUCAAAAUUGGCAACAAGCAGUUCUCCCCAGCGACCCGAUUAACCAAUUCACUGCCUGGGUCCCCCACCUUGUAUCCCCCACCGCAACACGUGCUCUCUGCUAGGGAGAACACGUUUUAUAGAAGAUUUCAAGGUCUAUCUUACCUUCCAUCUUAUUGAAUAUCAAUCCUGUUCUCUAAAACAGAUAAAACAUUGAGCAAACGUUGAACAAACUACCAAACAUUGAAUGGUUGUCACCCAGAGAACUCAGUGGUAGUGUAACUCAGAAAUAUAAUGAAUGUAAGAACUGGGCAGCACUCUCAUUGCUCUGAUAGGUGUGAUGUUAGAGACACUGCUUUAAUAGACAGAGCAGCAUGUGGAUUUUAGCUCUCCAAUUGCUCCCUAGAGUGAACCAUUUUAUACAGAACAUGAAAGAGAACCUAAUUAGUUCUUUAUAACUUCAUAUAAUAGCCACUUUUUUGCUAUGAAAGUUUAUCACAGCAAGCCAUUCUUUAUGCUAGUUUAUAGUUCUAAAGAAAAGCUAAUUAAUUUAACCACUUGCACAUGUGGCCACUCCACUGGUGGUCUCAGUGUGGUCCAACAUCAAAAAACACUCUACACCAGGUCAAGAAGGUUAUGGAUUAUUCACCAGAUGGAGUAUAGAUGCUCGAGGGAUGAGUAGGAAAACAACAAAAAGCAGAGAGAAAGCUAAGAUGAUAAGCAUAAAGAAUGUAAGUUGGAGAGGGACUUCCCACUGUCAGCGGGUGGUUUAAGUAGGAGAACAGAAUGUCUUUCUAGAGUAAAGCAAUGGAGGUUUGAUCCUUCGUCAUCCAUUUUGACCGCAUAAUGCAGCCAUUUGAACUCCACAAAAUGUGGUUUAUCCUCUUCACAUGGAAGAGAGAGAGAAAGGGGAGGGGGAACUUCUUCCUUCAGCCCCCUGAUGAGAUAAUAAUCAUGAUGGAAGACUAACAUUUUGCGAAUUAUUUGAAAAUAAUUUUGCUCUCUGAAAUCAGUCUGUGUGGAUACUUCCUCUGCAUUUUUGCAAAUGGAAAUGUGAAUUUCAAAAUAUUAAUCUCUUGAAUGAAUCUUCAUGUAGUGGCAUGGGUUUCAGGUGUUGUUCUCUAGGUGAUCAAGUAAGGCUAAUUCUUAAAUCCACUUCCUUGAGAAUAACCCCACUGAACUCAGUGGGACUGUUUCUGAGUAUGCAGAUACGUAUAAACGUACAAUUUUUCCAUAUAUUUAUUUAUUUAAAACAUUUGCCCCCAACCUUCAGUUCACUCCCCAAGGAGGCUAGUGAUAAGGCUUGUGGUGCAAUCCAAAAUGACAGUUUGAAAGUGAAAAUGCUAUGUUUAUGCUCAUAUUUCAUCCAAAAUGAUAUAUUUCUGUUAAUGCAUCAUGGGUUUUGCUAAAAAUUAAUGAGUUACAAAUAUGAGCGGAAACCUCUGCAGCUGCAGAAGCUACCUGUCCACAGUCCAUGUGUGUGUGUGCCCAGAUAUAUUCAGAUGUAGUGGCAUAGCAAGUCAAAAAUUCAGUGGGGAGUGAGGAACAGAAAUAAGUCACCACCUGGGUAUAGAUACUACAUUUUUUUUAGUAAUUUAUUCCAGUGGUUUUUAUGGGACAAGAAGGGGGGCUGCAGUCAGGAGAAUCACUGUGAGAGCAUGCUUGCCUAACCUAGCCCAGUUUUUUUUUUGGGGGGGGGUGAUGUCAGCAUUGCCCUUGAGCCAGUGCCACCAACUGGACUCAUCCACUUCAGCCCCGACUGGGCUAGGCGAGCUGGGUAGCACUUCCAGAGACCACCUUCUGCACAGGAACAGGUCAAAGUGCUGUGGACUCACAGCUUAGAGUUGUGAGCACCGGAUUCACUUCCACAAGAAGACAGUCAUUGUACAGCAGAGUACAGCAGACUCUAGCAGAGUAUAUAAACAACACGGAGAGCAGCUCUGUAGAAUAUCUUCUUUAUUCUAUCUACAACUAUUACAAACUAUAUACAGAGCUUAAUAGGUCUCAGUAUAAAUGAAUGCUGCACUGCACUGAGUGUCUGCAGCUGCUCUUAGCAGCAACCUUAUCUCUACACACGAUCUCUAACACUCAGACUCUCUCUCUCUCUCCGACACUGACUGACUGACUGACUUGGUGCUGGAGCAGAAUAAGUAGAGAGCAGAACACGCCUCCUCCUCUCUGGAGAAUCAGCAGACUCCUCAGGAGAUUCUUGGAUAUGGGAGGGGUGAAAUAUCCUCAGUCUGCAAUGCAAGCAAGUGUAUCGUCCCCAUUUGCUUCUCUUGCUUUCUGAGCUUACAACAGGUCUGGAAUUUCUACAGAACAAGCAACUCCUGGUUCUAAUGGCGUAGAACCAGGAACAGAUUUUGUUGCUGUUAAAAUAAUUUUCAUCACAUUAACUCAGGGGUCAGCAAACUUUUUCAGCAGGGGGCCGGUCCACUGUCCCUCAGACCUUGUGGGGGGCCGGACUAUAUUUUGAAAAAUAAUAAUGAAUGAAUUCCUAUGCCCCACAAAUAACCCAGAGAUGCAUUUUAAAUAAAAGGGCAUAUUCUAGUCAUGUAAAAACACGCUGAUUCCCAGACCAUCCGCAGGCCGGAUUUAGAAGGCGAUUGGGCCGGAUCCAGCCCCCAGGCCUUAGUUUGCCUACGCAUGCAUUAACUCAUACUGAAAAAAAAGAUUUUCUCACACCCUUUUUGGUACUGAUCCACUCUGAUGUCUCAAUAUAAGCUAUGCACUCAGCAAGGCUGCUGCUUUACAAUGUAGAAUUCACUUCAAUGGGCAAAUGUUCUUUAAGCCAAAAAAUAACAAAUAUACUAAAAAUGGAUUACUUAAAGGUUAAGAUUACUGGAAAUGUACGUUAGGGUUUAUUAAACACCGUUUUCCAUUUUAAAAUGCAAAUCAGCAUGAUACACUUUUUUAGGAGUUGGUGAACCCAAACAGGAAAAGGAAGUUCGGUUUUUCAGCUCUGCUUUUACAUUCUGGGGUGCAGUGUUGAGGUACAGAGAUUGGAUUCUGUACAUUCAGACUAGAAAUGCCUCCAGGGUGAAUCUCUUUACAGUUACUGUUGCAUUGUACCAUCUGAAACUAUCAAGAAGAACAAGAAAUUGAGGUCUAUAGCUAUAGGCUCUGUAAAUCAUUUUUCUUCUUGAAGCUCUUUCUGCUGAUUCUGCUCCUGCUGAAGUUGCUGCUGACAUAUACCUUUGACCAUUUUGUUCAAGAUUUAGAGAUGUUGCUUUGAGUAGGUGCAAACUGAUGACCUUGGCCUAGUGAUCUGCAACAGUCUGUGUUGAAAUAAAAAGAUAUCUAUUGAGGUGGAACGAAUGUGAUUGAACUGGGUUAUUGACACAGAUAUCAAGGAGAAUUUAUUCAGAGGAAGGAAAGAACCUAGGCAGCAGAAAAAGGGAAGAUUGCUUUCUUUUUCUGCUUGCUUGUUAAGGCAGAUUUCACAGGAUAUGUCAAAGUUAUGCAAACUAUGGUUUAAUUUUACUUUUUAGUUGAAAAUGGACACAACCAUUUCCUGAUGUGUACAUUUACUAGACUGAAAUACUGCAUGGGGUUCAUUCUAGAAUGGUAUAUAUAUAAAUCCCGAAACUCUGGAGUAGCUUUCCUUUUGGAAUCAGCAAGUGGUGACAUAUAUAUAUGUAAAAGAACCCCUGACCAUUAGGUCCAGUCAUGACCGACUCUGGGGUUGCGGCGCUCAUCUCGCUUUAUUGGCCGAGGGAGCCGGCGUACAGCUUCCGGGUCAUGUGGCCAGCAUGACUAAGCUGCUUCUGGCGAACCAGAGCAGUGCACGGAAACGCCGUUUACCUUCCCGGCAGAGCGGUAUCUAUUUAUCUACUUGUACUUUGACAUGCUUUCGAACUGCUAGUUUGGCAGGGGCAAGGACCGAGCAACGGGAGCUCACCCCAUUGCGGGGAUUCGAACCGCCGACCUUCUGAUCAACAAUAUAUAUAGUAAUGCCUGUCAAUUUUUGGGUGAACUGUAUAUAAAUUUAGACCACCCUUGGGGAACGAGGAAGAGAAGGGCAAAAUUGGGAAUUGUGAAACCCCACUGACGAACUUCACUUGUCCAGGGGUGGACAGUCUGUUGUCAAGGCACAAUUUGCAUUUCCAUGGUCCCAGACAGAAAUGUGUGUUUUUCGUGGGGAGCAAGCUGAACACCUAUUGUAGCAAGCACCGGAAUGUCAUGUUGUUUAAUGCUUUGUUUUCUGUGCCAAAUAUAUAAUUCAUAGUGCAAACUACUGUGGUAAUCGAUUCCUCAAAAACAUUCUUCCUCUGGGCACUUUAUAAUUUUUUAUAAUUUCAUUUGGUGCAGCUUACCUUAUGGUUGUGAGGGGGCCAUGUGGGUUGCAUGUGUCUUUUUCUUUCCAUGGAGCAUUCCCUCAGUGCUCAGCACCCUCUCCAGCAGCAUAUAUGUGUGAGAAGUUAUAUCACUCAACCUCUUAACCACUUUGAAAGUAAGGAAUACACAUUAAAAACCCUGCAUCUCGCCCAUGAGAAUUUUGCUGGACAUUUCUCUCCCCUUUCAUAACUUCUUCAAAUGCAAUUUCAUUCAUUGUAAACUGAAGAAGAAUUUUUGGCACAUUACUCAUUAAAACAAAGUAGCUGUGUAACCAUAUUUUCUAUGCAAAACAUACAAAACUACAAUUAACAGUUGUUUGGUAAUUUUUAAAGGCAAAAAAAUAGUACCAUACACUUAGCACAGACUGAGAUACUUUCAACCAUUUGAAAAUGCAUUCUGUGUUACAGUACCAAAUAACAGCUCCGGAAGUGUUUGCACUCAGUUGUUUCUAAUUAGUAAAUUAAUUCAUUUAUAUCAGUUUCAGUUUUGAAUUAAGGACUGUGGAAAAAAACCCACCUUAAGAUAAUUGAAUGCAGAAAUUAGUUCAUAUUUCUUGUAGCUGAGCAAAUUAGAAUGGAAUUUAAUAUAUCCAGUUGGGCAUCCACAUUAUUAUUGUUCUGUUACACUGGGAUUCAAAUUACAUCUCUUUUUUAUUAAAAACUUUAGCUUUGACAAAGUUUAUUUUCAUUUGUAUCAUUGCAGUUUAUUUGCUAAAGAACAUUUAUUCAUAGAUAUAGAUAUAGCUAUAGAUAUAGAUAUAGAAAUAUUACAAAGAAUAACUUUUUUAUCAUACUAUGAGGAAAUAGAUUAGAAACAUUUAAUUGCAAACUAUAAUGAAUGCAGCUUUGUAGGGGCAAUUAGUGGUUGGAGAGAAGGCAUGACUUGGAUAUGCAAGUGUGAAAAGAAAGCAGAAAAGGAGUUAAGUUGAUACUAGUAAUCUUUCCUUUAGAGUAUUUUAAAUUCAGCUCAUUUAGACAUCCUCUCCAUAAAAAUAUGCAAUGCAUUAUUUUAUUUUCUACCUAUUGAGACUGUGAAUAGACUCAGAGCACUGCUUAUAUUACAGUUAAAGUGUGGGAAGUGAAGCAGCAUAGCUUAUUUUUGCACAAGUUUGGAGGAGCUAUAGCAGGAUAGAAAGCAGAUAAAGAAGAAUCAUUUGAUUUUGGUAUCAAACAAAAGUCCAAAUCAGACAAACAAAUAUGGUGAAACAGGGUGUUUACAUUUGGUGUAAAUUCUGCCAUCAAAUCACUAUCAGUAAAAUCUGGUAUGAACAGACUGCCAAGUUUUUCAUCUCCCUAGUGAAGGGGAUUACAAAAUUAGUCCAUUACUAUCAUUUGGAUUCACGAGCUCGUAAUUAUUGGGUUUUUGACUUCAUUUUCAAUAAAAGAGACAUCAAAUUUUAAGGGCAUUUUCCCCAUAGAUAGUGCCUUUUCCAGUUACAAAAAGAAACAGUUGAGGAGAUGUAUUCUAAUUUUUGUCUGUAAAUCAUGUAAAUGCUGUUAUUAAAUACAUUAUUGAUUUUUAUUAGCAGGUGCUACAACCAUAGAGAAGUAUGAUCUCAGGACAAAUAUAUGGAUCCAAGCUGGAGUGAUGAACGGCCGAAGGCUGCAGUUUGGUGUAGCUGUCAUUGAUGACAAACUCUUUGUUAUUGGAGGCCGAGAUGGUUUAAAGACGUUAAACACAGUCGAAUGUUACAAUCCAAAGACAAAAGCAUGGACUGUUUUGCCUCCAAUGUCAACCCAUAGGCAUGGCUUAGGUAAGUAUUCAGUUUCCCAAAGCUAUCUGUAUAUAAAAAAAUGUAAUCAGCAAGGUCAGAUGCAUUGAUCACAAGCAAUUUCAGUACAUGUGCAUAUCUAUAUUUAUGCAGAAAUGCACGAAGGAACUUAGGUGCAGGCUUGUGUAAACAACUGAAAUAAUAUCUGCGUAUGGUUGGCAUCCUAGAGUAUGAUAAUGACUGGACUUAGCUGGUUCUCAAAUAGUUCUGUUGAAGUUGUUGUAAAGUCAGUGGUAAGCCAUCGUAGCUAAAUGAUGUGACUAGUAAACAAGCCAUGAUUGUGGAGACAGCCCAGUGAAUAGGACAUACAUAUCACAUCCCCAUCAUGUGUUUAGAAGCCUGGACAGGUAAAAGUAUAUGUAAGAGUGCUCAUGGUACUUUGUGUAAGUGUUCAUCUAUGUGUGUACCAUAUUCUAGCCCAUUCUGGGAUAGUUUUAUUAUAUAUGCAACAUCAUAUAACACGGUUAUAGAGCCACCGAGAACACAUGGCGAUUUGCUGGAAUGAUACCUUUGUUAAAAAACUGAAAUGACUUAAAAGUUAAAUGGAACCAAAUAGAUAUUGGUGCUUCUGUGGAGGCGAUUGUAGAAAUAAAAAAAGGUGUGUAUAAAUCAUUGUUUAUUAUCUAUAUGCAUUUCAAUUAAGAAAAGGACUAAAAAAAUAAAGCCUGUAUUUUACUAACUUGCAAUUUGGUGGCCUUAAAAUAUUUGUCAGUUAUCCUACUGUGAGUAAAAAUUGACUCAUAUCAUUUUAAAAGAAAUCCUGGGCUGCCUAAUCUGUUCCCCUCUGGAUAUUGGACUACAGUUCCCAUCCCCUGCGGCCAUUGUCUGUGAUGGCUAGAUCUCAUAGAGUCCAACAGCACCUGGAGGGGCCAAUAUAAGCUUCCACUGGUUCGAAUCAGUAACUAUCCUGUUACUACCCAGAUAUCCCUAAAUUAUUUAAUCCUCCUUUUCAGAGUAUUUCUUUUGUUAUCAGACAUUCUCUCUAUUUCCAGUGUUCAGGUGUCAGUGCUGGAUUAGUCAAAACACCACCACCCAUAUGCAAGAGGUAGGUAUCAGCAGGCCUGGCAGAGUCCCAAGGUUUGCAGAGUAACCCCCCACCCCCCAAAAAAUCUAAUGGUAAAACAUCUAAUGGGCAGGCAGGAGGGGAAUAAAAUGGAAUAUCUUGAAGGGGGGAGUGGCUGGCUAACUAGAGGAAUUUCAGUUUCAGUUUCCUAUUCUAACCAUUUUGGUGCUUAAUUAUUUUUUUUUAACGAGAAAACAGCUGUCUUUGUUCACAUCUGCUAAGUUCAUUGACACCAAAUAUAAUAACACGGGUGCAUAAUUCGCUUUUAAAAUAACUGUAUACCUUGCACAUGCAACAGAAGAUCAUAACAGAUUGCACAUCUUGUAGGUGAACUUCAAAAUACUGCCUUAACUUUCAGCUUCUAAAUGAUGGAUUGUUAUUUCAUUCAAAGAAAGGUCUUUGUAGCUAUAGCUCAGUGAUCAAACACAUUUUUUAUAGUUAGAAGGUUGCCGCUUCAGUCUCUGGCAUAUUCUUUUGAAGGUUCUCAAGUAGCAGACUGGGAGAGACCUUUAGCUGACACCUUGUAGAGUUGCUCCCAGUAAGAGACAAUAUGAGCUCAAUGAUCAAUGUCUAUAGUAAAAGGAAGCACGAGAUCUUCAGAAGGAGAGAGAGAGGCUGCAGUCUAGGAAAUCUUACUUUUAAUAAGUGUUUCUGUUCAAGGAUUAGUUUUCCAGGUGCUAAGGUUGUAGUUCUUCCUCCAAUAAAUGCAACUAUCAUGAACUAUGUAUGAAUUAUGAUACUGCUACAAUGCAAGUUGUGAAAAAAGCUUAGAGAAAAAUAUUUUGCAGCAGUGGUUACAAUAAUAUAGACGCCAUUUGGAUAGCACAUUGUGAUGAGAUAACAGCAAAAGAUUAUGAUGGUUGUUCCCCUUCCCUUCCAACCUCUCCCACAACUGGGAUACCCUAGGGGGUGCUGACUCUUUAACAUAAGGACAAAGAACAUGUCUCCCAGAUUUGAAGGACUUUGAGCUAAAAGAAGGAAGAGGAAUAAAUUCUAGACUCUCAUAUUUAUGUAUAGCGUGUUCUCCUUCAUAGAGAGCACAUGUUGCAGUGGGGGCCGCCAGGACACUCCAAAGUUGGGGGCGGGCUAAUUGAUCGUUGGCCACUGAUGCGAUUGGGGCUUCCCUUGUUGUUGGGAAGAAGUUAUGUUGCCAUUUGUUGAUAGACAGCCAGAAAUGCUAAAACUCCUUGCACGAGGCUAGGGCUUCCUCUUUUCGACCGUGCAUCGGAUUGCCUGUCCCCCCCUCCCUAGAAUUAGGGUUGUUCACUUUGACCUUGCUAUGCCUGUCAUGGGGUCAUCUUCUCUUGGGGCAGGGGCCCGGUAGGAAUUUUGUCCAUCUGGCAGAUUGGCUGGUGCCAUUUGGUUUUUGCCUACUGCGUAGCAAAUUGUCACAACUUGUAAGGUUGUGGUUAGGCAUUGGUUUAUGGUUUGGUUGGUUGAGGGGCAUGGAUUGGCUGUGCCUGCCCCUCUAAUGCUGCUGCUUCAAGGGAUUCCAUUAAAGGAAUUGGGCGCUAACUAUUGCUUGUCCACUCUGUCAAGGGGGCUCGGGCCAUAGCAAUGAGCUCCUGGUUGCAUUUGGGGUGAGGGCAGGUGCCCUGCUCCGUCGCUACCCCCAAGUGUAUUCCCCUAUUCUGACUUUCACAUCGUGCGGAAUGUCAGUCUGUCCCCCAUGGUGGGGGCAGAUAGUCGCAACCAGUGCCUACGCAACCACUCACAAAUUUGUAUUUUAAUAAAGUUGUGGCCAAAAUUAUGCCAAAAAUCUUAAACAAAAAAAUUCUGUGUGAUGUGUGAGUUAUUGGGGUGGCCCUGGGGACCUCAGCACGCAAUCAGGGGCUUAAAUUGCUUGUUUCCCUUAUAGCAUGGCUCUUCUAAAGCUCUUCUUUCACUGCGAUUCCUGCCUGGACAGAAAUAUGAAAAUUCAUUUCAUUGUUUCUCAUGAAAAGUAAAUUUGGGAAACUUGUUCACAACUUGCAUUGUACAAAAAGUUCAGCUUAAUUCCUAGCAAUGGAUUUUUUUCUCGUUGUUUUACCAUUCUAGGACAGCCGUGGCACAAUACCCUUUCCUCUGCCAUAAAUUUCUUCCUUUUAUAAGUCUAUUUCAAUUAAUUGGCAGUAGAUAACUUUAACAAUCCUUUCAAUCUCUGCAACAUAAUUUGUAUUGCAUUUUAAAUCAAGGUCUAGUGAUAGUUAGCAAUAUUCUUAUUCCAUUUUCUUAUUCUUUUAAUCACAGCCUAUAGCAGUUUAACAACAGGUCUGUCAGUGUUUGCAGUGGAUUAAAUCACUGUGCAAUGGGGACAUAGUCCAAUCAUUUAUAUCCUUAUCAGCAAUUUCUUAGAGUUCAACAGCAUUUUCCAACAGUAAUGUGGAUAUAAUCCCUUCUUAUUAUGCUGACUCAACAAGUACAGACAGUGAUUAUUAGCAAAGAAAUCAGCGCCUAAAGUACAUACCUUUGCAAUGCUAUAUUAUAUGUGUCUGGGGAGAAAUAAGUCCCACUGAGUUUAAUGGGGCUUACUCCCCAGAAAGUGGAUAUAGGAUUGCUGUUUUAGUUUUCCAUAAUAUAGGCUCUCUUGUGCAAUUGACGUUUGGUUGGAGGUGGGUGGGUUAGAUAUUAUAAUAUAUACUUAAAUUGUUGAGUAGUUUUGUAGUACUAUCAGAUUUAGUCUACUAGACUAAAGCUUCCCCUAAAUUAAGGGUUGGAAAACUGUUGAUCAGUAGUCAGGCUGCUGCAUACACUUCUGCCUGGUUUGGCUUGGCUACCUGGUAUUUGUAAAAGCAGAGGAUCCAUAAAAUUACUUCUACUACAAUUAGCAAGUACUCUGCUAUGCUAUUGGAACCUAUAAUUUGUCAAAUGGAAUGUGUGGAAGGGAGCAAUAUGACAAAAUGAAGUAAGAGCAAAGAAGAAGAAAUAACUGAAUGGCCAAAAAAACAAUCUUCCCCUUCACUUUUGGGAAAUAAAAAAUGGCUAUAACGUUUCCAUCUUUUGAAAGAAGAUAGAAUUUCCAGGCAUUGUAGCACAUCCUGUGUGGAUAAAGCAUGUCAAAUUACAGACAAAAGGGUGCAUGGAUUUUUAGACAGCACACAUUUAAAAUUUGCCUUUUUUAAAAGGGGGGAAAUAAAUAUAUAUAACGUUAUUACUUUGGGCCAUCACUUCAUCUUUUGGAUGCAUAGUUAACUAUGCACAAGUGAAUAUGGACUUUCUUUUAUCUGAGAAUUUUUGAACCUUUGCAGAUCUACAGUGUUCUGUUUGGGAUUAGGUGACCAGAACUGUACACAGUAUUCCAACUGUGGUCUCAUCAUAGAUCUGUAUAAAGGCAUUGCAAACUUUGCAGUGCUCUGUGAAACAUCUUUCCUAACUAUCAAUAACAUGGAAUUAAUCUGCUUCUCAGCUGCCUCCCACUGGGUCAGCAUUUUCAUUAUUUUCAUUAUGCUAUAUACUAUAGCCCCAAGGUCCUGGGCCUGGUCAGCCACUGCUAAUUUAGACCCCAUGAAAUUAAGAUCUCUUACCCCAUUGUUCCUCACUGAUCACUUGCUUGCAUUGCAUUUUCCAUUUUACUGCCAAUUCAUCCGUUUGAAGAGAACACCUUGACCCUCUUCACAAUGCCUUGUUUUAACCAUGUCAAACAAUUUGGUAUCAUCAGCAAACUUGCCCACCACACUGCUGCUUGGUUUAUUCAUUCAUAACAGUAUUUAUAUAUUGCUGUAUUAUCAAUAUAUAUCACAAUGAUUUAUAACGAUAUAUAAAUAGAGGGACGCGGGUGGCGCUGUGGGUAAAACCUCAGCGCCUAGGACUUGACGAUCAUAUGGUUGGCAGUUCGAAUCCCUGGGCGGGGUGAGCUCCCGCCGUUCGGUCCCAGCUCCUGCCCACCUAGCAGUUCGAAAGCACUCUUAAGUGCAAGUAGAUAAAUAGGGACCGUUUUAUAGUGGGAAGGUAAACGGCGUUUCCGUGUGCUGCGCUGGUGCUGGCUCGCCAGAGCAGCUUUGUCACGCUGGCCACGUGACCCAGAAGUGUCUCCGGACAGCGCUGGCCCCCGGCCUCUUAAGCGAGAUGGGCGCGCAACCCCAGAGUCGGUCACGACUGGCCCGUACGGGCAGGGGUACCUUUCCCUUUCCCUUUCCCUUAUAAAUAUAAAACCAAGCAAUAAAACCAGCAAGUUAAAAGCAAAAAAGAAAUUAAAAACAUUGUUGUUGAUACUGUAUCUAUUUUUAAAUCAAUGUGUAUAGGAAAAACAAGAACACACCAUCAUGGACAUGGUAGAUAAACAAAAGGGAAAAAAGAGCAUACAUAAAAAGAGCAUUAGCAUCUCAUCAUAAGGAAAAGAGUUAGAGGGUAAAAUAGACAAAUGAGAGGAAAACAAAUGGAGGAAACACUAGUUAAAGCUACUUCCAAAUGUAUUUAUACUUUAUGGGGACUAUAUUGAGAUCAGGGUUUCAUAUGCUGGUGCAACUCCAGCUGAACGGAGGAUGUGAGAGUUAAGCCAACAUAACCCAACUGCGGAGGCAGUGAGAGAUUUUACUUUCUUGGGCCCCAUGAUCACUGCAGAUGGUGACAGCAGCCACGAAAUUAAAAGAUGCCUGCUUCUUGGGAGAAAAGCAAUGACAAACCUAGACAGCAUCUUAAAAGCAGAGACAUCACCUUGCCAACAAAGGUCCGUAUAGUUAAAGCUAUGGUUUUCCCAGUAGUGAUGUAUGGAAAUGAGAGCUGGACCAUAAAGAAGGCUGAUCGCCAAAGAAUUGAUGCUUUUGAAUUAUGGUGCUGGAGGAGACUCUUGAUAGUCCCAUGGACUGCAAGAAGAUCAAACCUCUCCAUUCUUAAGGAAAUCAGCCCUGAGUGCUCACUGGAAGGUCAGAUCGUGAAGCUGAGGCUCCAGUACUUUGGCCACCUCAUGAGAAGAGAAGACUCCCUGGAAAAGACCCUGAUGAUGGGAAAGAUGGAGGGCACAAGGAGAAGGGGACGACAGAGGACGAGAUGGCUGGACAGUGUUCUCGAAGCUGCUAACAUGAGUUUGACCAAACUGCGGGAGGCAGUGGAAGACAGGAGUGCCUGGUGUGCUACGGUCCAUGGGGUCACGAAGAGUCGGACACGACUAAACAACUGAACAACAACAACCAAACUGCACCAAGAACUUCCUAAUCCUGCUCAUUGCAGCAGAUCUUGCUAUAGGAUUGUUCCCCUAAAAAGCCAAGUGCCCCAUCCCCGGUUUGAGCUCUUAUUCUCAUUUCCCAAGUUUAUACAGCCUCAUUCAUGGCAGGCACAUCCAACAGGUAGAUCGUGAUUUACCGGUAGAACGACUGUGGUAGAUCACUGGUAGAUCACUGGCUCCCCCCAAAGAAGCUCAACAACUGUGGCUCUCCUAAAAAAACCUCAGCAUUUUUGCCCUGCACCCCAAAAAGCGGGCCUUUCCUUCUCCCUAAAAAUAGCUCAACACUGACCUGAACCCCCAAAAAGGGGGUAGAUCACUGCCAGUUUUUAACUCUGUGAGUAGAUCACAGUCUCUUGGGAGUUGGCCACCCCUGAUGUAGAGGAAUGCCAAUGUUUUCUGUGAAAUGUGAACACGAGCUGUAGAAAACAUCACUGAUUUGAACUAGAACAAGGAAGUCAUGUUUUCCAUUUGUCUGUACAGGUUUCCCUUUUGUUUUGCUUUUAACUUUAAGUUUGUGUCUCUUUGAUCUGCAUUUUUAUUAUGUACAUCUACAACACUGUGUUUAAACAUGGAACAUAAAAUGUGCUAAAUCUCCAGAUAAAAUUAUUGAGUCCCUGGGACGUUCAGCAUGAACUUUCAGUAUGCCUGAGCAAUGUGACUUCUUUUACUUUUUUUUUUUUUUUUUUUUUUACAACCACUGCAGGUUUAUUACUUUCGGAAUAAUGAAGAUGCUUCUUUAAUUUAUUUUUAAAGCCCUGGGAGCCCACAUAUUUAAUAAAAGCUCUCAGCAACAUUAAACUACCCUUAAUUAAGAUUUCCUGUUAAAUAAAGAAAACCUGUAUAAGGAGCAUCUUCUAUAGAUGUAGCUAUUUAUUUACCCAGAUAAACAUAUCAUGAUGUAACUUAUUUUCCUUUCUUUUUUAAAAAAAUAUUUUUAUUAGCAGUUUCGACAUAAGAAAUUGUCAAACCAUAUAAUCGCUUACAUUAAUUUCCCCCCUUUCCCCCUCCCUUCCCUCCUUCCCUCCCCGCCCCAAGGACUUCCCUCAGCUCCUCUCUCUGAUUUCUCAGCCCAUAUUAUUCUCUGCAUGUUAUAAAAUUGUACAUAUCCCUACAUUAUCUAUCUAACAUGUUAUCAACCAAUAAUUUUUGUAUGUUUAUUAAAAACCUGCCAAGGAUUCCAGUUCAUUUUGUUGUCUUUUUAGAUAAUUUGUAAAAAGCUCCCACUCUUCCUUAAAGUCCCCAGUUGUCCUUGUCCCGCAAUUUAUAUGUCAUUUUAGCCAACUCUGUGUAGCUCGUCAGUUUUUCUUGCCACUGUUCUUUCAUCGGGAUUUCCUCAUUCUUCCAUCCUUGUGCUAUCAAGACCCUUGCUGCUGUUGUGGCAUGCAUAAAUACAUUGUUUGUUUUUCUUGGCAAGUCUUGUCCUACAAUCCCUAACAAAAAUGCUUCUGGUUUUUUUACAAAUGUCAUUAUAAACAUUUUUUUCAAUUCAUUGUAUAGAUUUCCCAAUUUUUUAAAAUUUCUCUAUAUACCCACCACAUAUGAUAAAAAGUCCCUUCUUUUUCUUUACAUUUCCAACAUAUAUUUGACCUGGUUUUAUACAUUUUUGCAAUCUGUACUCGUGUAGUAUACCAUCUAUACAUCAUUUUCAUAUAAUUUUUUUUCAAGAGAGAACAGUCUGUAAAUUUCAAAUUUACUUUCCACAGUUUUUCCCAAUCCUUGAAUUGUAUAUUAUGUCCUAUGUCCUGUGCCCAUUGGUCUCUUCCAACUCUAUGAUUCUAUGAUUCUAUGAUCUCCUCAUCUUUUGUUUCCCAUUCUAGCAAUAUACUAUAUGCUUUCUUCAGCAGCUUCCCUUCUUCUUCUAUAACUUAUUUUUGAAAUCUAGAAGUUGUGUAAUUAAACCCUGAUGUAACUUAUUUUCCUAUUGGUAGUACAGAAUUCUGUUUUUAAAUAAAAGACUUGUUAUACGGAGAAAGAGAGUGGAGGGGAUAUGCUACAAAUAAAAAAUAGCUGAAGAGUGAGGGCUUUGGAAUAUGUAUGCGUGCCACUAUAGUGGCGGACAGAGAGAAACUCUAGAUUCAGGUAGGUAGCCGUGUUGGUCUGACGCAGUCAAAAUAUAUAUAAAAAAUAAAAAAUUGUACCUGAAGAAGUGUGCAUGCACAUGAAAGCUUAUACCAAGAACAAACUUAGUUGGUCUCUAAGGUGCUACUGGACAAUUUGUUUCACUUUUAUAUAUAUUUAGAGAGAAACUCUGUUAAUGGAACAACACCUGUACCCCUCAAAGAGCCCCCAUUAAGCCUCAUUGAAGUUCUGUGGGCACAGAUGCACAUAAAUGUAAAUCAGGUACAUAAAAUCUACACAGAUCCAUCUUCAGGGCUGGUCCUACCAUGAGGCAAAGUGAGGCAGCUGGAAAGUUGCUAGAAGGAGUGCCAUGUGGUUUGCCCUGCAGCCCCUAAGCUAGCUUACUGCCCUAGCAUGGCAAUAACACCAAUGAGGUGAGCUGAGGCAAGCUCCCACCCCACCGGGGAUGGGCCCAGAUCUGUGGGCAGGGGGAAAUGUCGGUGCUCUAUCUUGUUUCAGGUGCCUAAAGUUCUUGGGCCGGCCCCGUCCAUCAGUAUUCUCAGUGAACACAAGCUAGGACUGCAUUUCAUUCAUUUUAGUAAUAAUUUUUAUAUUGUGGUUUUUAUUCUGUGCAAGCUACCUUGUAUGGACCUUGCCUGGGAAAUGGUAUAUACAUAUUUUAGAAUAAUAUGAACUAAAAAGUGCAUCCUUCCCUAACAAGUCAAAUAAGAUCCAAUAAGUGCACGAGCUCUGGAGUUGGCAUAGUUAAUUUCAACCAAGACUUUUUUUUUUCAGCUGGAAUGUGCCAGGAUGGCAUUCUGGCACCUCUCAGGUGGGCACCAGAAGUGCAGGGAGAGAUCUAACCACCUUUAUCAAAGCCCCACUGUGCCUUUGGCUCAUGAGGAGACCCUCUCUGGACCCCGCUAGGGGAUAUCCUCUACAGCCUCCAGAGAGGGUCUCCUCCUGAGCCAGAGGCGCAGCGGAGCUUUGGUGAGGCUCUUUAGCCUUCCAGCUAAAAGCUGAUGCACAGGAAAGUUGCACCUUAGCUGAGCAAGCCCCCGUACUGCCCCUCUUUGGGCUCUGGGGUCAGUCUUCUGAGGGAAGUGGUGUUCCAGCAGCUUUUUCUCUGGAGAAAGAAAAAGCACUGGUUUCAAGAAUAAGAACAGUAAUAGUUCUCAAUAGUUUGCGUCGAUGAAAAGGAGAGCUGGAGAAAAAAAGUAUUUGCAAAAAGGCCCCUGCCACCCUAGCCACAUCAAGCCAACAAGGUGUAAGAAGUGGCAAUAACUCCUUUAUAGAUUCUCCUCCUCCUACCCCAAAUCUCCACAAAAUUGCUCUGUUAGAAUAUAAAGUAAUGAAUGACUUCCUGACAAGAACAAUGCAAUAAUAUGCCUGGGGAGAUUUCAUGGAAAAAGAUGUACCAUGGAUAGUUUAGAUAUGAGUUGGGGGUUGAGUCCAUUCUCUAUCUGUGUACUAUGUUGACCACUGCCUCCAGAGAGCUGUGAGAAGAAUAUUAAGAGAACAACCAGCAUUUUGCCAUCGAGGAGAACAAAAUUCAGAUUAACAUUGCAUUGUCAAGAGAAUUUUCAUGUCUGCUCCAGAAAAAUGUGAAACCCUACAAUUGUAAUUAAAAUAGUUCAGAUAUAUUGUUUCAGCAAUGACAUCUGCUCUCUGAGUCAGUGGAAUACUUUAAAGCCCAUUUGAUGAAGUAAAAAAAAAGGCAUAGAAAUAGGAGUUCAAUACACAAAUUGGACAAUAACCUUAUGACUUUAAAAAUUGAUAUGCAAAACCAUGACAAUAAAAGCUUGAAUCUCGGAUACAGCCAUUUCUUAUUUUACAUUUGAUGAAAGGCUAGAGCAAGUACUAAACCUCAGUGAAUUACACAGGAAAAUAUCUAUACAGCAUGAAUGUCUCCAUGCAGAGUGCAUGCUAUGCCAUGAAUUAUUAUGCAGCUUUCCUUCACAGAGCAAAGCUCUGCAACAGAACUCGGGUGAUCUCAGUUUCUCAGCUACUAGUCCAUCUGCUUUGAUCAUGAACAAUUUUAUGAUCUUUGCAGGGAGAAGUAUAUUGCUACAUUAAUAUGGUGUCCAACUCAGUGUGCAGCUGUAUACCGUGUAGAAUAUUCAGCAAACAACUUCUAAUAAUUUUAAUAAACCUCUAAUAAAAAACAUCUUCCAACAGGUCCCAGGUAUAAAUUAGCUGCCAAAAGGUAUGGGUAUGACUAAGUGCGGAAUCAUCACAUCAGGUAGAAGUUGUCAAGGCAGCUAGCAGUGUUUAAUCCCAAGGGACUGUCCCACAUUCAGGUGCACCUGCUAGAAAAAAAUACAGUUUAUAUAGAAUUUUGCACUUUUGGCCUUAGAACAGAGGUGCUACCAUGUGCUAAUAGGAACAACAGUCUGACAUUUCACUACAGACUACUUAAAAAUAAAUUGAGUUCUAGCUAUUAAAAGAAAUGAACCGAAAAGUUCAUUCGAAAAGAGGACUUUUAGCCUUAGCUAUCUUUGAAACAGUUUGUCUUUCUCAAGCUACUGUUCUGCCUCAGAAAACCCAUCUUCCGCUAUCUCAAGGAGAGAGGUUUGAGAAACACUUAAAAUCACCAAUGCUAUUAACAUUACAAAACCUGGAAUUGUUUAAGAUGGGUCAAGAGUUCUGAAGUCUGAAAAUGAGCAAUAUAUCUCGGGUAUACUGUUUUUCUGCAAACCCAAGAACCAGUGCCCAUGGCAGCCCUCUUAUGAGCUGUGUGGAAGCAUGAGAAGCUGUCACUGGGGUUGCAGAUCGACUUUCACUGUGGCAAAAAGACAAACUGUGAGAAUGUGGUUGCUAUGCAUGCAGCUGCUGCAAUUUGAAUAAUUAUGUUGGGCUUGGGGGGGGGGGACACAUCAAAGGUUCCUAGCCAUGAAAGCUGAAGGAAACACCAUUCUACGAGAGUAAGAAAUCUCUGAUGCUGUGGAAAGAGAACAGGGGAAGACCCUCUCCUUCAUGCCUUGAUUGGGUGUGCCCAGAAGUCCACUGUUGGAAACGGAAUGCAUGCCUGGAUAGACUUGGGUCUGAUCCAGUAAGACAAAUCAUAGGUUCUUACUAGAAAUGGCAUGAGAAUUUGCGGAGGCUUGGCAUUUAAACUCUCCCCUGCUUGAGAAGUCUGGCUCCAUUUCAAGGUGGGCUAGACCCCUUUUGAAUCAGGUGUCUUGCCUACCCUUGCUCCUGCUGUGGUGUGUGCAUCCUCACCUUGCUGCCACACAGCCCUUCCUGCAACUUCCCUGCCCCUUUCUUUCUCAGUUGAAAGGAAAAAGGGGGAAAAAGCAGUCCUGUGAGGGCAGGAGGAAGAGAGAGGUUAAGUCUUAACUCUCGAGCCUAUUAGGGUUCUUUGAAAGUGUCAACAAGGCAGGGAGAAAGUGGAUAGAGAAAAGUUUUUCUCCCUCUCUCUAACACUAGUCCUCAUGAACAUCCAAGGAAUCUGAAUGUUGGAAGACUCAGGACAGAUAAAAGAAGGUACUUUUUCAUACUUGGGGGGCGGGGAGUGGUCGCCACCAACAUGGAUGCCUUUAAAAGAGAAUUAUACAAAUGAGUGGAGGAUAAGGUUAGCAGCAGCUGCUAGUCAUGAUGGCUAUGUUCUGCCUCCACUGUUGGAGGCAGUACACCUCUGAAUACCAGUGUCUGGGGGAUCUGAAACCAGGUAGGCUGUUGUGGGUUUUUUUGUCCUGCUUGCCAGUUUCCCACCUAGUUCUUACAUCAAAUGGACCCCGUGCAACUUCUGCAGGGCUGCUGCCACUGCCAUGCAAAUAUUGGUGGCUACCUGUGCACCAUUCCAGUGGAACUGCCAGUUCACACAGUCCCUUCAGGCAAGGAUUGUCCAGCCGGCAUUCCUCUGGGAGCCCCACAUGCUGUCACGUAGGGGUUUACUGCCAUAUGAGAAGCAGAUUGACCUAUCUGAUUGGUCCGUGCAUGUUGGCCUUUGCAGAGCUGGCCUUUCAUUUGCUGGAUAUAUUGUUAUCUUCUUCCUCUGACUAUCUUUCUAGGAGUUACUGUUCUCGAAGGGCCAAUUUAUGCAGUUGGAGGCCAUGAUGGUUGGAGCUAUCUGAACACAGUCGAGAGGUGGGACCCCCAAAGUCAGCAGUGGACUUUUGUAGCCAGCAUGUCUAUUGCCAGAAGCACAGUCGGUGUGGCAGCAUUAAAUGGCAAGUGAGUAGUGGGGGAUAAUGGUUUAAAGUGGUACAGUUAUCAGUAACUGACACAUACUUGGGCAGAAACGUUCCAAUGCCUCUCACAUUGACUAGAUGUCACAAUUACCUCUUCACUUCUCUACAACUCCAAACUCAAGGUGUUCUUCUGCUACUUACAAGCACGACUAAAAUGGCUUAUGCCAAGAACAGAGAUUUCAGAAAUGGAGCCUGUGCAUAAUUAGAAUAGUGUUUACAGACCUGAAAGUGCAAGGGGAAAUCUCACAAUUAAGUUUGCAGUUUGAAGAAAUUGCAUAUUUCCUAAAUGGUGUCUGAAAUACAAUCUUGCAUUUUAUAAUGUGAUCUUUAUUCAUUCUUCCCAUCUCUCAAGCCCAAGUAGCAGUUAUGGGAGUAGAUGGCAACACUGUGUCAAUGUCUAUGCCUUUUGCUCCCAGUAGUUUUGCAGUCUUACAUUUCCCUUCUCCUUUUAUUUAUAAUCUUUUUCUUUCAUUUAUGUUAUUGUCACGUUAUCUUAAUAAAUUGCUGAUACCUAGAACAAAACAGGUAGGUAGCCGUGUUGGUCUGCCGUAGUCGAAACAAAAUAAAAAAAUUCCUUCCAGUAGCACCUUAGAGACCAACUAAGUUUGUUAUUGGCGUGAGCUUUCAUGUGGAUGCACACUUCUUCAGAUACACUGAAACAGAAGUCACCAGACAGAAGUCACUAUAUAUAAGGGUCUGGUGAAUUCUGUUUCAAUGUAUCUGAAGAAGUGUGCAUGCACACGAAAGCUCAUACCAAUAAUAAAUUUAGUUGGUCUCUAAGGUGCUACUGGAAGGAAUUUUUUUAUCUAGAACAAAACACUCCGUCAUCAAAGAAGGCAGAUGUGACACAUCGUCAUUUGCAUAAACUAGUUCUGGAAUUGGUCUGGCAGUGGUAGCUCCCAGUGGUGCACAUAAACAGAAGAUGCAAACACAAGACCACCUGCAUGAUUUGGGUUGUGGGAGGGUGACUGCAUCAGAAAACUGAGGAACUAAUGGAGCUAUCGGCUUAACACCCAGUAUUACCAUUUUUCAACAUUCACUGCUUUCAGAUCUUCCAGGUAAAUAUGCUUUGGACUACAGUCAUGCAAUCCAAUUCUAUGUGUGUUUCCUCAGAAAUAAAACUUGGUUUGUCCAUUAGGGCUUUCUCCCAAGUAAGUAUGAUAGGAGUGCAUCCUUUGGCUGUGUUCGCACGAGCCUUUUUGUACACACUUUAACACAACACAUCUAAAGCACCAGCUACGAUCCAUGUUUUGUGAACAGGCAGGUGGGUGUCCUUUCAAAUUAGUGCACAGAAGUGCUAACUCAUCUCUUCAAUUACUUUUUCCACAGACCUCUUUUUUAAAUAAGACAGUCUUUUAAAAGAGAGGGGCUGGAAACGGGUAUAUACUGAUAGACUAAGGAUGUAAAUCUGUUUGUAGAGGUAGCUAAGUGUCUGUAUUGCUUCCUAUUUUACCUUUCACAUUCAUAGAAAAGUUAAAUUGUGAGGGGAAGUGGCACAUCUCUGCAGCAUCAGUAGGUCUGCCCCAAGAGGAGGUAACCUGAAAAAGCACUCCCUUGUGUACACAUGUGUGUAGCAAGUGCAUGAGAAUUGCAUCCUUGCACAAAACGGAUUAUAGCCCUACCAAGAGAAUGUCUUUCAUAGCAGCAAAGAGUGUGAGACAGGUGCAACACGGAGCUGACAUCAUGUGUGCAGCACUCCCCUAAGGUACUUGCAUCCAGCACCGAAUGUACAUUAUCACGCAGUGUGAACAUGCCCUUAGUCAGAAUGUUCCUUUAAUCAGACCAUUCCCAAAAGUACCGUAUAUUGGUUCCAUUUCUCUUCAGAACAUUUAUUUCAGGUUCAGUCUAAUUGAGUCUGGUCUUAGUGAAUUGUGGCUCUAGUAUGAUACAACACCUGUCAUUGGGCUUUAAUUGAUAACUGUAAGCAAUACAGACACUUGCAUACAGGAAAUUUUACUGUAUUUUUUGUGUAAAAUUAAUGUUAUAGGAAAGCAGGGAGUUAUAGCUUCUCAUAGUUAGUGGACUGCUCUUUAACUUGGGAAAUCACAGGACCUAUUUCUGUUUGAUCUUCAGAAAGUCAGUUGGCUAACAUUUGUAAAAAUUGAUCACCUGAGACACGCUACAACACCAUGCAAGCGCUUAAACUGCUCCACACGCCAACUGCUGCAUGGACUUUAAUAUCACAAACCAGACCAUUAUAUUAGAGGUGUGGGAAUAUUAUUCCAGCAUUGGAAACUAAUAUUCUACUGCAGAUACUUUAGGACUUCAGUACUAAACUCUUCGACACUUUGAUAAGGUCUCUUUAUGGUGUUUCAAAAAAUAGCUUGAUAGAAAAAAAGAUAAAAUAAUCUUAUGAGUGUGUGUUCAUGGAUGAGGUAUGUGGGUGUUAGGUUUGCACCUACUGACUCAGCACUGGAUAGCUCAGUUGGUUAGAGCGUAGUGCUGAUAACGCCAAGGUUGCAGGUUCAUUCCCUGUAUGCAUAUUCCUGCAUUGCAGGGGGUUGGACUGGAUGAACCUCGGGGUCCUUUACAACUCGAUGAUUCUAUGGCCACCCCUCAACCUCCAUGUGUUGAUGAUAAUUUGUUUUUAGAAGCCUAUAGACAUAAGCUUUGGGACGCAGGUGGUGCUGUGGGUUAAACCACAGAGCCUAGGACUUGCCGAUCAGAAGGUCAGUGGUUUGAAUCCCUGUGACGGGAUGAGCUCCCAUUGCUCAGUCCCUGCUCCUGCCAACCUAGCAGUUCAAAAGCAUGUCAAGCGCAAGUAGAUAAAUAGGUACCGCUCUGGCGGGAAGGUAAACGGCGUUUCCGUGCGCUGCUCUGGUUUCGGUGUUCUGUUGCACCAGAAGCGGCUUAGUCAUAUUGGCCGCAUGACCCAGAAGCUGUCUGCGGACAAACGCCAGCUCUUUCGGCCUAUAGAGCGAGAUGAGCACCCCAACCACAGAGUCGUCCGCAACUGGACCUAAUGGUCAGGGGUACCUUUACCUUUACCUUUUAGUCACAUUUAAACUAUGUCCACUUAAAGUGAGAUGAUGGAACUAUUACAAAAACAAUUAUAUCUGUGUGCUCGGCUUGAAAGUAACAAGAAAAAUAGUCAAUGGCUCGUGAAAUCAGUCUUUAUAGUGUUCUGAACAAGUGAAAUUAAAGAAAGUGCUAGGGUCCACCAGGAUAAGUAAAUAACUGUGUGCAGUGUCACCCUGGCUCUGAGUGGGUCCUCAUUCACUUCUUCAUUCAGCUUAGGGACAGAGGCAGGAGGACAAAUGUGAUUCAUGAAAGGGGUUUAAGUAUUUGGCAGAGCUGUAAAAAACAACAGACGUUGCAGCCUUGCUCCGCCUGCAAGGAAGUAUGUACAACUGAACCAAGUACUUAUUACACAGCAUCAGAUUGCCUGAGAUUUUUAGUGUAGUUGAUUCUCUGAAUGAUACCUCAAGGAGCUAGCAGUAGAUGCGAUAUCUCGGGACUAAAAUAUUAACAUAUACUAACAUGGCUCUCUCAAAUACCCAUUCUUUUAUACUGAAAACCCGACUUUUCCUUUUCACAUUCAAGGCUUCUCCCUCCAACAUAUUAAACGUGUUCUUCAACAGUUCUGUACUCAAACAAAACAACUAAACAAAUGCACUUUUCCCAAAAUGCUCUUAAUAAAUAAAAUAAAAUCCUGCUUUAUUGUACCUUAAAGGCAACAGAUGUCACCCAGUGUUGUCUGAGAGCUCUUUAACUUGCACAAGAAGACUUCAUGUUCCUUUCCAUUCCCUGGCAGCCAUCUCCCACCCCAACUUCUCCAAAUCUGCUCUGGAGAUUUGGCGCAUCCUCUGGUGCAGACUAAGGGGUCCUUCCAUUCUGACAACAUUUGAUUCAAGCAAGCACAUUUAUUGCGCCAUACGCUACAUUCUGUUAGUUUAAAGAUGCCACAGGUCCCCUGUUGUUUGUAUGUUUAUAUAUGUCACAAUAAACUAAGAUUGAUACUCCACAGAAACAUAAACUCAUUGAGUUGGCUUCAAACUAUACUCUGCAAAUCUUGAUUUAUCACUGUUAAUAUUUCACUGGAUGUGAGAGUCUUUACCCCUAUUACCAGUCUAAGCUGAUAAAACAGUUUGUGUUGUCUUAUCAGAAAGACAAAAAAAUAUCAUUAGAUUAUCUCUAUAGCUAAUUUUUGAUGUUUUCCCCCGUUGCUUUUUCCCUUUUGAAGUGCUAUAUAUAUAUAUAUAUAUAUAUAUAUAUAUAUAUAUAUAUAUUCCAUCUAAUGGGAAAUGUCACUAAAUAUCUGCAGACUGCAUAUUUUUUGUUCCCCCUCCCCCCUCUAGCCACACAGAUAAUGGAAAAAGCACGCAAGAUGCCAAGGGAGUUUUUGGAGGCAGUUCUACUCUUUUGGAGUUUUGGGGACAGGGCGGAUAGUGCCAUCCCCUGUGUGAUAACUGGUCUGCCAAACAAAGGAAUAAAUAUGCAGUAAAAUAAAGCUAUUUUACUAAGCUUAUGCUUGCUCCUGAGUAACAGCUUCUGGCAGAUUCUGUCUGACAUGUUGACUGCAUUAUGGAGAUGCUUCUUUACAGUGAUAUCUCUGUCUGGAGAUUGCACCCUUCAAAGCCUGCUACUCUAAUAGUCUAACAUCAUGGAAAGUCUCUACAGCUGCAGUGGCAUAGAGACUUUCCAUGUGGUUGUCACAAGUUACAGUUUCCAUGUGAGCCUGCUUGGUCUGGGAUGUAUAGUAGCAAGAGUCAGUGAUAUUUUUCUAGAAAAAGAGGUGCCAGAGCUCACCAGGAACACUUUCCGUGUUCUCUUACAGUGGCAAUGGUGCCCACUUGAGAGGUGCCAGAACGGAAUUCUGGUGAGUUCUGGCUGAAAAAAAAAGCCCUGGCAGUAGUGAUGCAUGUUGCUAUAUUGUUAGGAAGUUUUUAAUGUUUGAUUCUAUUUUUACUAUUCUGUUGGGAGCUGCCCAGAGUGGCUGGAGAAACCCAGCCAGAUGGGCAGGGUAUAAAUUAUUAUUAUUAUUAUUAUUAUUAUUAAACAAUGCCAGGCAAAAAAAAUUGAGGUUUUUAGGAUUAGGAGACUAAAUUAGAGUUGCAGUGCAUCAUAUUUAUUUCCUGCUUGGCAGGGGGUUGGACUCGAUGGCCCUUGUGGUCUCUUCCAACUCUAUGAUUCUAUGAUUCUAUGAUAGUACUUAUCCAAUACUUGUUAAUGAUAAAUUUAUUGCACACCUAAAAACAAAAGUAGCAUUAGGCAUAUAUAACUUUUGAUUGCUAGUCCAUAUAUUUUGAGUAUAUCUAAAAAUAAUACUUCAGAUAGGACAUUGUGUCCAAUCUCACAUUGCCCAUUCAUCCAUAAACUAUAGUUGACUUUCUAAUUGGGAUUGCUCCACUGCAUCAAGUGCUGCUGAAAUGUUUGAGAAUAGCUCAAAUGGACAGUUCUGCUUUGACUGCACAACUUUGUUCUCCCUCCAAAAGAAUAUUUUUUAAUAUAAAUUUAUUGUCACAUUUAACCAGUCAGCUAAAAUGUAAAUUUACUAAAUGAUCUUGUAAGUGCAGCUCUGAAACCUCUGAGGAAAUCUUCAUUUGUUAUUUUUCUUUCUGCUUUGUGCAUAGCUAAGCACAGUGAAAAUCUACGGCUGUUAUAGAUACUGUCUUUAGAAGAUAUGGAUAUAAGCCCAUAAUUUUAGCAAUAUAAACAAAUAUCAGUUGUGGUUUAAGUUCAGAUAUUUUUCUGUAAAUUCCAUAUGGUGAAAGUUUGCUAAGUACAAUGUUAAGGCAUAAAAGUAGCAAAAUCUAAGUCCUGAAAGUAAUAGAAAGAGAAAAUUAAGCAGUUCUUGGUCUGAUGACCAGCUUAAUAGCCUCAACCCUUACAUGAUUUUGUAAAAAGAUCAGAGGUCUCAACAGUCCCUUUAACUAUGUCAUUUGUCGGACACCCCAGUUAAGUUUUUUGAAUUGUUGCUAAAUGUCAUGAUUUGAACUUUCUCCUCCUUCAUAAAAUAUGAACGGCAUGGUUUUCAGUACAGUCAUACCUCAUGUUACGUCCGCUUCAUGUUAUGUUCUUUCAGGUUACGUCCCACAGCAACCCAGAAGUACUGGAAAGGGUUACUUCUGGGUUUCGCCUCUCACGCUUGCACAGAAGCACAAAAUGACGUAAUGCACAGAAGCGGCGAAUCACAACCUGCGCGUGCGCAGACGCGCCGCUGUGGGUUACAUUCCUUUCAUGUUGUGAACGGGCCUCCGGAACGGAUCCCGUUCGCAACCAGAGGUAUCACUGUAUAGAAAUGAUUAUUCAUCAGCCUCUCUCUCUCUCUCUCUCUCUCUCUCUCUCUCUCUCACACACACACACACACACACACACAUUUUAUUUAAAGUCAUUGAAAUUAGUUCCUUUCGAUAUAGAUCAGUUGGUAGAGCAUGUAAUAUCAGGGUUGUGGGUUCAAGUCCCACGUUGGGCAAGUGGACUAGAUGAUUCUUGGGGUACCUUCCAACUCUACAAGUCUAUUUCUAUUAUUCUAUUUAAAAUAGUCAAAUCUGUUUACAAAGGUAAUAACAGCAGCAGCCAUCUUAUUUUCAUGAUUCCACGUUUUUCAUGAUUCAGUAGGUGCCUUUUCUUCAUUUUGCAAACAGUGUUCGUUUUGCCUCAACUCUGGAUAUAAUGCAAUUUACCCACAGCUACCACUAGGGAGCAGGUUGUGAAUGCUUCUCAUCAAAGUUCUGCAACUAUCUCUCCUGCUGGGCUCACUGUGGUGCUCCUAGACCAUUUACUUCAAUCUAUGUUUGUUUGUUUUGGGGAAGUAUCCUGUCCUUCAGUUGCCUUGAGUAGAAGGCAUGGGAAGCCCACAACCUGACAUGAAUGGCUCUGUCCAGGUCCCUGGUGGAAGCCUGGCAAGUGGGAAUAUAUUAUAAUUCCAGAAUAUGCUAGUUUUUAAAUAAUAAUAAUAAUAAUAAUAAUAAUAAUCUGAUGUUAUAUAAAACAUCAACAUUGAGGAGUUAGGAGUUCUGAAAGCACUGCACUUCCACAAAGUAUUUACUCACCUAAUUUUUGCAGCAGAGAAAUACUGCUUUGAGAGGGACCAUAAAAUCUGAAAUGAAAUUAAGGAGAUACAUUUUAUUCUGAUAGAUUUAAUUAUUAGAAGCUCUGCUUAUAUCAAAGAGUUGCACAUUAUUCCUUUACUAACUCUUCCUAUUACGAUGCUUUAAAAGUGAUCUAUGGCUUCUGAGCCUCUUGUAAGAACAGAUCUUCCCCCAUUCUAUUUUUAAAUAAUUCUGUAUGUGUGCACUUGGUAGAAAAAUACCUUUAACUUCCUUUAUUGGAAGAUCAUAUCUGAACUUCUAAACAUAAACAGCCUGCUUGUGAGUGACUCUCAAACAGAACAGCCACCCACUGAGUGAAGUGUCAAAAGUCACAAUUGUGGUAUACCACAGGAGCCCUUCACACAUAUACAAUAGCUGUCUUUCACAACCCACACAGAAAAACUUCUGCCUUUUAUUGAUUCUCCUCCUCCCAAAAGCAGGCUUUUAAGUACUUUAUAGUUCCACAGGCUGAUAGUGCUUAUAUCAAGUAUAAUGAGUUGCUCAUUAUUGAUUACAGAGAAAUAAAGCAAGUAGACAUUUCAGGGUUUUUUUGUUUUUUACAAAAAUCUUUGAGACUCCAAACAUACAAUUGACACCCUUGGGUUCAUAUCAGGAGAUGAAACUCUCCACACAGUGAGGGGGGGGGGAUGGACAAGAUCUGGAGCAGAAUUUCCUUCUCCCCCCCCCCCCAAAAAAAAGUAAUACAAAUUUGCAGAAUUCUACCCAGGCAAAUUUUCCAAAUUAAACAGGGAAGGGGAAAGAGUUGUGAUAAGACUAAUUAAACUUCUUGGUGGGAUUCUGCACAUACCUUCCUUGAUACUGCUACUUAGAAGCAAAACUGCCCUUCCGUAUCCUGCCUCUUGAUUUAAUGGACCCCAAUAGUCAGGGACAUGGAUCUCCCCUCUGUUAAAUGUUGGGAGAAACUGCACUAACAAAGAAUAUACCGUAUUUUUUGCUCUAUAAGACGCAUCAGACCACAAGACGCACCUAGUUUUUGGAGGAGGAAAACAGGAAAAAAAAUAUUCUGACUCUCAGAAGCCAGAACAGCAAGAGGGAUCACUGUGCAGUGAAAGCAGCAAUCCCUCUUGCUGUUCUAGCUUCUGGGAUAGCUGCGCAGCCUGCAUUUGCUCCAUAAGACACACACGCAUUUCCCCUUACUUUUUAGGAGGAAAAAAGUGAGUCUUAUAGAGCAAAAAAUACGGUAUAUAUAUAUAUGAAGAUCCAGUGUGGAAUAGUGACUAGAGUGUUGGAAUAGCACCUGGGACACCAGGGUUCAAAUCCCUAGACAGCUUUGAAGGAGUACUGAAAAAGGAGCAUUUCUUUUAACCAUUGUUGUAAUGUAAAUAGCUGUAAACUAUACAAAAGUAGCAAGCAAUUGUUAUGAUGACAGGAUAAUGGUAAAACACUGUGGCUCAUCCUACAGGAAUUUAAACUACAGGAAGCUUUGCUUUGAAAGUCAGUUACAGAAUCGAUUCCUCCAGUUUGUAACCCAUGGCAGAUGAAUUAACCUCUGGUGAGGUUCAGCACACGAUUCUAUUUGAGUGGCUGCUUUAUGAAAGGGCGUUUGCUGCUGCUGCUGCUGCUGUUGCUUGGAAGAAAGAGCAGAAAAUGCUUUUAAAUCUGCAGGAACUGGAAAGGGGAGAUGUUCCUGCCCUGAACUGACUAGGUUGUCUUUUCUUCCCUAUGAGCACUUUAUCAUUCUUUAUCAUUCUGAAUAAUACACCUUUAGGAAGUCACCUUCCUGAUCUGGCCUUCUUCCUUCCCCUCUGUUUUGCAGGUUAAUUGCCGCACUAGUAAUAUAUCUAUUUAUAGUGAUAUGUCAUUUUCUUUUCCUGGCAUUUCUUUACUUUGUUUCCUUCACUACCUUUCAAUUUUCCUUACAUUUGUACUUCUCCUUCUGCUGCCUACCACACUUCUUUAAAAGUUUGAAAGGCGUUUUCUUCCUCUUCUUUUCCCACACUCUUUGCCUACAACUGCUUUAUUUUCAGGUGAAGGGUGAAUUCCCAAAAUGAAACAACUCUCUUCCAAACACUUUCUAAUAACUUAGUGAUCAUCCACUUCAAGAAAGAUGUAGGUUUUUAAAAAUUCAAAUAUACAUAGUUGCUGUUCAUUCUGAUCCCACUUUCUGUGUCUCCCUGUCUCUCCCUUCCCUUUGUAAAGAGCCUGUGUUUCAUCUGCAUAGCCAUUCCAUUUCUUGACCACAAUAGUAUGAUGGACAAAGCCAUCCUAAUAGUGGGUCCUGUGUUGCAGCCAAGGCCCUGCUGGUCACUGUAGAAAGUGGUUCAGAUCCCCUUUUUCAUCUGGGGGUCCAUCGCUGGAUCUGCUCCACCUACAUCCCUGCAAAGCCCUCUUUUGGUUACCACUGGCAAAACACUGCUGGCAGUAAUUUUCCACCCACCUGGAGGGCGCAGUGGGGUUACAGCAAAAGCCCUCCCUAACUAGCAAAGCUCAGCUGAGGGAUGCCUUCACCUAAUCCUGUCCCCCCCCCCCCCCCCGUUUAUCAGAGAGUUAGGGUUGGAGCUAAAGAGGCUAUAAAUGGCUAAAACAUACAGACUCCAACACGCAAAUACUAGUAGUCCCUUUCACAGAGGUAGCGAAAUCAACCUAUACACACAUCCCACAAGAAGCAAAUGAAUGAAAAGCACAUUUUAGGACUGUUAACCAUUCUUAAAGGUAAAGGGAUCCCUGACAAUUAAGUCCAGUUGCGAACGAUUCUGGGGUUGCGGCGCUCAUCUCGCUUUACAGGCCGAGGGAGCCAGCGUUUGUCCGCGCCGCAGACAGUUUUUCCGGGUCAUGUGGCCAGCAUGGCUAAGCCGCUUCUGGCGCAAUGGAACACCAACACCAGAGCAGCACAUGGAAACGUUGUUUACCUUCCCGCCGGAGUAGUACCUAUUAAUCUACUUGCACUUUGGGGUGUGCUUUCAAACUUCUAGGUUGGCAGGAGCUGGAACCGAGCAACAGGAGCUCAUUCCGUCACGGGGAUUCAAAUUGCCGACCUUUUGAUCAGCAAGCCCAAGGCUCAGUGGUUUAGACCACAGUGCCACCCGCGUUCAUUCUUAUUUACUUGUAAUCUAGACAUUAUAUAAUGCAAGAAGUGCAAGCGCGACAAAUUUACACAACUUUAUAGCACGUCAUACAAGCCCAUCUCUCACACAAAGCAAAGUGUAAGGCCUGAACUAUACCUGAAGUUGAAGUGCUAGGAUUCUGACGGGUAGAGGAGACUGUCUGAACCAUUAAAAACUGCAGGUGGUACUUUUAAAUAUAUAUCUUAAGAACAAAAACAACAUUGCAAGCAAACAAUUAGUGCACCAGAGGGGAAAGCCCAGUCCAGGCUGCUCUGUAGAAUACAAGAUUAUUAUUUUCCUUGCAGAAUAUUUUCAAGAAGGAGGAUCAUUUUAAAUGUAGCAUUCCCACCAACUUUACUUGCAGUUUAAAGUGGUUUAGAGAGUAAUCCUAUGCAUGAGGAGCCGGCAUAAAGCAAGUUGCUAUAAAUUAAGCCAGCAUAAAGUUACAACAUUUCCAAACCCUGUCAGGUGCGGCUGCUCUGCUUAAGCCUAGAAGAGGGAAAGUGAGCCUUUAAAAUAGUGCUUUAUGAGGGGUUGCCGGGUCACAUGUCUGAGUUGACCAGACUUAGGAUCUAGGCCCCAGCCCCAGCCCUUUCUGGUCUCAUCCACAUCACAACCUCAUAACACCCCUUUUAGGGGACUUCAACCUGCCUUGGCUCAGCCAGCAGAGCCCUGGCUGAGCUGGGAUGGGCAAAUUACACUACUGGACAUCAGCUGCAUCCUCAGUUGCUCAUCCUGGUGGAUCUUGCCAUAGGAUUCCCCACCACAUUUACAUUUGCCUAUAAAUAUGCAAUGCCCGGUUCAGUGCAAAUUAAUGCAAUGCGUCAAUGAACAGCAGUCAGGUGCCACCACUUUUGCUUUUCUGUCAGACAUGAAAUUCAGAUAGGUUUGAGCUACAUCACUGGCCUCAUUAACGAAAGCGAUUGUAGGCUAUUAAUAAUUGGCCCAAGGAAAUAAGCUAUUAGCUGAAUUUAAAAAUAUACACUAUUCGAUAGUUGCUUCGUGGUGAUUGUGGGUUUUCAAAGAGUUAUACUUCUCUGCCUUUCGUACACCACAUGAUAAAACGUAUGGUGACAUUUUCUUUUAACUGAAUCGAGACUCAUUCAUAAUUCAGUGUGUGAGCCUGAUCUUUAACACCUUUUCUCAUCAAUGCACUUUCCUGGAGUGCAGCCCCUGAAAAGCCCUGCAUACAAUCACUAUGUUCUGCACGUUAUCUCUGCUUUCUGAAUGAGUAUAUUCUGAGCAGAAUUAAAUCUUAUUAGGUAUUGUACAUAAAGCUCCCAGGAGACUCAAUCUGCUGGAAACAUGAAUGACUCCCCCCCCCCCCAAUGCUAUUCUGUUUUGGUGAACAAAAGUGAAAAUUCCUCCUAUCAGUGUGUGAGAGUCUUUGCAUGUAUUAACAUGUAAACCAUAUUAGGUUUCAUGCUGUACCCACUUUCAGUGGACUUCUAAGUAAGAUCAUGUGUAAGAUCAUGCUGUGACACUUCCUUCAUACUCUCAUGGGGUUUUAGUUACAUGGAGAUCUAUUAAAACUGAAUCAACCCAGUGAAUCAGCUUGAUUGCAAUUGAGUAAUCAGCUAUAGGAGCAACCCAAUGCACAAGAAGCUGGCAUAAAGCAAGUCAGUGUAAAUUAGGUUGACAUAAAAUUAUACCAGACUUGCUCAGUAGAGCAUGAGACUCUUAGGGUCAUGGGUUCGAGCCCCACAUUGGACAAAAACAUUCCUCCGUUGCAGGGGGUUGGUUUAGAUGACCCUUGUCCCUUCCAACUGUACAAUUUUAUGAUUCUGUGAAACCUCGUUCAGCAGCAGGGCUGCUGCUGUUGCUGCUCUUCCUAAGAGCCUUUGUGGUGUAGUUAAGAGCAGUAGUCUUGUUAUCUGGGGAACCGGGUUCGCGUCUCCGCUCCUCCACAUGCAGCUGCUGGGUGACCUUGGGCCAGUCACACUUCUUUGAAGUCUCAGCCCCAUUCACCUCACAGAGUGUUUGUUGUGGGGGAGGAAGGGAAAGGAGAAUGUUAGUCGCUUUGAGACUCCUUCGGGUAGUGAUAAAGCGGGAUAUCAAAUCCAAACUUUUCUUCUUCUUCUUCCUAAGCCUUGCAAAGGGAAAACAAUAGGUUAAAACAGUACCCUAUGCAGGUCAUAGGAUUUGACCUAGCUGAGCUGGCUAAGGAUGCAGCCUAAGUACCCCCCCCCAUUCAAAUCCUUGCAGCGGGGUGAGCUCCCAUUGCUUAGUCCCUGCUCCUACCAACCUAGCAGUUCGAAAGCACGUCAAAGUGCAAGUAGAUAAAUAGGUACCGCUCUGGCGGGAAGGUAAACGGCAUUUCUGUGCGCUGCUCUGGUUCACCAGAAGCAGCUUAGUCAUGCUGGCCACAUGACCUGGAAGCUGUACGCCGGCUCCCUCGGCCAGUAAAGCGAGAUGAGCACCACAACCCCAGAGUCAUCCACGACUGGACCUAAUGGUCAGGGGUCCCUUUACCUUUUACACCAGUGUUUGCUCCGCCAACUUUGGCUGAGCUGGAGUUGGGGUUUUAAUGCUGACUGAGCCUAACUGACCUGGGAAUCCGCUGGCUGAUUGUGAGAUCCACUGCAUCCUAAGCUGCUCAUCCUAAUGGAACUUGCCAUAAGAUUGUCCUCAAAGCAUUCUUUUCAACACACAAGUCCUAAAGUGCACUAUUGAUCUGACUCUUAUCUCAGAAAGUAUGGAAGGAAAAAAUGAGAAUCAUUAGUUGGAAAUUAUUUCAUAAGGCCAUGGAGUAUUCGGAACACUCUGUUUUCAGAGAUUCCAGAUAGAAAACAGCAUGAUCAAUGUCUCCUGAAUGAACAAAGUGGAUGAGUGUUGUAUCUAACAUGAUUGAUCUGUCAAAGAAUAAUAUCACUGAAAUGCCACUAUCUGGUGCAAAACAAUUGCAUGAGUUAGUUAAUGAUCUCGAGAUGGGAAGAAAUAUAUUUGUUUACAAAAACAAGCACAAAUAAAUACACCAUGAUGUUAAGGAAAUGAAACAAUCUGUUGUGACAGGCAGCUUGACAAGUAAGUCUUGCGUUCUGCAUGGAAUUAUUCCCCAUCCUCAGUUUUUGAAGUAUAAUUCAAUAGUUUGCCUUGUUGCUGUGCUUACUGUACAGAGAUUAAAACAAUCCAUUGUAAAAUAAGAAUACAUUUCUACUAAAUCAUCCCCCGAAGGAAAAGGGCCAGCUCAACUGCAUACAAUUUUAUGUAUUGUAUUUAUAUUGCACCCUUCCUCUGAUCCUAAAUGAAUCCCAGGAAUACACUUACUUGGAAGUAAGCUCCAUUGAACAUUGUAGGACCUACUUUCAAGUAAACAUGCAUAGAAUUGCACUGUUAAUUAGGUGAGUCCAUUCAGCUUUCUUAAGCAUCCUUUUCAAUGCUUUCUGUCUUGAGCACUACAAGUUACUGUCAGCUGUUUUCCUAGUAAGGUAGUAAUAUUUCUGUGACACGACUAACACCUAAGGUAGAUCGGCUGCAUGCUUGUUUUCUCACUGUAGAGGUCUUGGGCUCUUUCGCAUGCUUACCGAUUCAGAAAUCCAAUGUGUAUGGUGGAACAGUGCCUAGGAAUCUGCCACUAGACCUACAAUGUAAUGAAGAGUUGCACAACUUGUUUACCAGCCGGAUGAAUUCAACUUGCUGGUCAUGCAUGAAAAAGCAGAAUCAACCCUGCCUAUAUUUACUUUAUCUGCUUGCCUAGGAGUCCAGGUGGGUGGCCGUUGCUGCAUGGUGCUGCCAUGGUAGGUUCAGGGAGGUUGCCACCUUCCAUUCGCGGCCUGGGGAGGGGAUGGCUGGCACUGCCCACCUCCAGCCACGUCGGACAUUCAGGUCAGGAUGGGCAGUGCCCGUUCACUCAAUCAGAGGCUGGGGCUUGGGGCUGCAGCCCAGCCCCAGCCUAUUUAAGGGGGUGGCCAGGUGUAGGCCACCACCUUGGCUGAUUGUUGUGGUAUUUUUCCACCCUGUCUUUAGGGACCCACUGAGGGGGAGGAGAGGAGUGGGCACGUUGCCUAUGGACCUUGCUAUAGUCAAUUUGGUUGCCGUAUUAGGAGCAAGGGAGGAAUUUUCUCCUAGCAAAUUUGCUGGCUUAUAGGUUUUCACCUACCUCGUAGCAGCCAUCACUGUAGCAGCGGAUGAGCUAUUCGGCUGGAUCCUUAGUCACAGGGGUACCCCGUUAGAGGGGUUCAGGAGGUUGACGCUGUUCAGGAGUCCCCUAGGGGACCAGUGGGCCAAAACACCUCUCCCAAUGGUGGUCUGUGGAGGGUCAUGGCAUCCAGUCCAUGUUGGGGGUAACUCCCCAGUACAGGUUUGACCCUACCAGGUUCCUAUCAGGUAGCAGGCAGGCUGUCUGAUGCAGGAUACAUGUCCAAUGCCUUAGCCAAAUCUACUCUUUCCUGUAAUCAAUAAGGUUGUGGCCUAAUCCAACCCAAUACCAAUUGUUCUUGUGGCCCUCCCUUCACCUGCCACGGUCAUUAUGCACCUGUGCCUGCAAGGGAAUAGGUUCCAUGCAACUCAGCGAGAUUUACUACUGAAUACGUAUGCAGAGUGUUGCACUGUGAAGCAUGCUACUUAAUUCGAAGGCAUAAACAUUUUGAUGUGGCUGUUCUUUCUACUUGCAUUCAGUCUUAAAUAUGCUUGUGGGUUUACAGUAACGUAUACUAAGCUGCAUUGGUUAUGCCAACCACUACAAUAAUGAUUUGAUUCUUAUAAAUUGCAGAUUAAUUUAUAGAACAAUAAAUCAAAAUCAGCCCAGUCGCUUGACAUCAUUUCCCUUGGAAUCAAAAUGUGAACAUAGGUAAACUAUUCUGAGAGAGCAUUCCUAUUGUGAGACACACACCAUACAAGAAUUUCCAGAUUCCCUAGGUAUUUAUGGUCUGAAGCUGAUGAGAGGACCUCAAAAUGCCAUGCAUUCAUAAGAUACAGUAGGAGAAGGAGAAUACAGCUUCAUUAAGAAUGAAACUUUAAAUAUACAUUUAACUAGCUGAGAAUUUAUGAAGUACUUAGGACUAUAAAAGCUUCCAAGUAAAUAAUUCUUUCACUGAUCGGAGGUUUUGCAUCCCAAAUUGCUCAGUGCUUGGACUUUAAAAUGCUCCACAUUUCUAUAAAUUUUAUUAUUCUCUAGGCAGUGUACAACAGGCAACAAACUGUGAAAGAAUUCUUAUAAGAAAUGCAUUCAGUGUGUCAACAUUGUUAGACUGCAAUCAGAAUAAUUUUCUCAUGUGCACUUAUAUGGGGUGGAACCAAUUAUGUUUUAUUUGCCCUGGAGCAAGCUUCCAAAUGGAUUUGGAAUUUUAGUUACUGAACACUUUACCAUCGCAAUACUAAGUAGUCUUAAAGAAUUCCCACCCCGAUUUCUAUGUAUAAACCAAUCCUAAAUGGCAGUCUGUAAGAAAUUAUGUCUCACAGUUGACAUAAAAGAGUAUUAAUGCUCGGCGACAAACAACUUAAAUUCAGAGUUGGUGUAGUGUGUGUCUACACCACAAGUAAGCACCAUUAGUACAUGCCUACUCAUAAGUAAGCCCCAUUAAUUUCAAUAAUAUGCUGGUGUUAUCUUUGGCUGAGCUGGGCUUGGGGACUUAAUGCCAGUUGAGCUUACCAUAGGAUUGCCCUCUCCCCCAGUGAUGAAUCAGGAAAUUCCUGGUUUGUAUCACCUCCAGGGCUAUAGCUAGGGGGUGGUGAAGUGGGCCCCCACCAGGCACACAGGCGAUGAGGGGGGGCAAAACCAGCUAAAAAAUAUGUCCAUAAAUAUUGAUUAUUGCUUCAUAAGAAAUGGCUUUAAACAGAGCGUGAAUUGAAUGGAUGGGGGGUUGGGGUUGGAGGAGAGGUGGAAAGAGCUAAUUUGUCCGUGGGUAGGGGGCGCAAUCUGGAUGGUUCUGCCAGGGGCGCAAGAUCACCUAGCUACGGCUAGCUCUAAGGGCCAGAAAUGAGAAAUGGGUGAAUUUUGUAUGCAGAAAUGUAAGGGUUUGUUUGUUUGUUUUUAAAAUCUCUUUUCAUAGCUAUUCAGCAUAUGGUUUCGACACAUUUUUACCGUAUGAACUGUAUGAGUGCAGUGGCUGAGCUCCAUUUUGGACCUCCCAAAGCUUGCACUGCCAUGGGGCCCACUUCUCAACCAGCAAUGAGGCUUUCAAGCUUCAGAACUGUGGAAAUAUAUACAAGGAAAAAAAUGAAUCAAUAUGAGUCGUGCAACUCAGUUUGGGUCUAGUAGCCCCAAAACCUUUCAGCAAUGUUUUAUGUCGCUUCUGGGGCCCCUCUGGGAUUAGGGGCCCUGAAGCUUAAGCUCCAUUAGUUUCACAGUAGAUCCACCCCUGUAUGUACGGUAGAUUGUAGAUGUGGGGGGAAAGGAACAUGUUUCCCAGUUUUGUUUCUAUUACUGUUGUAGCCUUUCAGACCUUUCCCAUUGGUUGGGUCUACGUUGCUCCCGAGAGGGAGGAAGGAGCCAAACCAGACACCAAGGUUGGUUCAGAGAAAUAGUUUUUUUAUUUCUGCUUUCCGGAGCAGCAGAAAGGCACUGCGUGAUUGAUCACAGCAAGCACACUAAAGAGCAGAAACAUACAACCUAUAUUCCCUUCAAAUCCCCCCGUCCCCCUCCCCAGGAAUCCAGCCUCAUGAGUUUGUGCACGUAAGUUUGCAUCCUUGAGCAUGCAUGAGUAGAAACUGUUUCUGUACUCUUACCUGGCAAUCCUAGCGUCAUUCCCGGGGUCUGUGCGUCAGCUCGGUCAGGAUAGUUACAACUGGUAAGAUAAGUUGGAUGCACCAUCCCAUCUCUACUCGGGACUGACAAGGCCAUCUAUUACGCCUUCAUGGACUGAUAAAGGAGAAGGCUUUGUUUAUUCAGCUGGUUUGUGUUAUACAACUCAAGCUAAUGCAUUUUAGCUAAUGAAUCCUCAAAGAAAUAAUUUGGAAAGUUUGGGGCCUAAUAGUUGGGGUGACUACACAGUCAGGUUUGGGUAACCUGUCCCUUCACUGUACAUUAUGCUUAGUAAUUUCUAUGUGGUUUAUUUUAGGUUAUAUUCAGUUGGCGGUCGAGAUGGAAGUUCUUGUUUGA